CCUAGCUGUGUGUGAGAGAGUGGCAGAGUAGUAGAUGCAUGUGUCUGCCUCUUGGGGGAGUGUGUGGCCCCUUGGCUCCCUGUCUGGGUGUCUCCUCCUCCUGGCCGGUGGCUUGGCGGCUCAUUGCUGAGGAGCCCGGGCUCUGGUACUUACCGCACAGCUAGCCAGGAUGCAGUAAGGGCCCAGCUCAGGACCCGGGGCCCAUAGGGUGAGUGUAUAACGGUUUGAGGAUUCUGGGGAGGGGGACUCUAUGUACUAAGCAUCGCUGCGACGCCAGGCCGGAGAGAGCGGGAUAUAUAGUAAGUACAGAGCCGGGGGUGAUGUGAUAUGUUAACCCCAUGGCUUGUGCAGGGCCCAGGCAGGAUAGUGGGGUUUGUUCUUCAUUACUGUGGCAUUGCAGGGGUUAAUGCCCAGGGGGGCCCUUCAUGCUGUGUGUCAGUCAGGGCUCUGGGUAGUGGGGAAAAGAUUUGGGUUUGUGAGAUAAUGGCACUUUCUCUUGUAGUUCAUUUGUGGCAUUUCACUAGUUAAUAGUUACUGAUUGUUAUCUCCCUCCCACCCCCCAGCUGGGCAUUCAGUGGUUAAAUAGAAAAUACAUGCAUGGGGUCAGUGUGUUCCUGUUUCAUUGUAUUAAAUCCUGCCUGUUUGCAUUGUCAUACAUAUUGCUUGCUGUGUCUUUGUGAUGCUGUUUGUGUUGCUGUGCCUUUGUGAUGUUGUGUUUGUGUGUUGCUGUGCCUUUGUGGUGUUGUGUUUGUGUGUGUGAUGCUGUUUGUGUGUGUGUGUCUGUGCCUUUGUGAUGCUGUGUGUGUUACUGUGUCUUUGUGAUGCUGUUUGUGUGUGUGUGUGUCUGUGUGUUACUGUGCCUUUGUGAUGCUGUGUGUGUUACUGUGUCUUUGUGAUGUUACAGAUUGUGAGAUACAUUCACUUCAGAUUUGUUUCCAUUGGUUACUUUGUUGCUGAUUCUCUUAGGAGGUUAAAUGGUUGAUAUAGAUUAUCUUUAUAUGUGAUUAACACUUUUUAACCCACACUGUUCUGGUUUUCUAGGACUGUUCGGUGGCUAUUGCUUUUUGAUUUCUGUAGCCAGCCUUGUGGCUAUUCCCCAGAUCACCCCAUGAUUUAACAGAGCUGGGUGCUGACAUUGAUUGAGCUCCAUAACUCUGGUAGAUAUUAACCCCCUAACAACCAUGCCAUCUGUCAUAAUAUCAGUUUGCCUCACCAUGGUUCUCAAGCGGUUAACCGGUGCAGUGUAUGCCUAGUCAGGCUCCCAUGUGAGGACAGAGCCUGGGGGUCUGUAACUUCACCCUAGCUUGUGUUUGACUUGUGCUCCUGGCUGCCUGGGCAUGUGGAAGCUCUGUUCCUGUGUUUAAAUGACUCCCUCCCUGUAUAACACCCAGCAGUCCCAGAUCUUCAUCAAUGCCCCAUUGUGCUCUGGGUAAAAAGCUAGUUCUGUCUGGGUUUGGUGCACCAUAAAUGUACCUCUUAUUUUGGGAUACCAGGUCUUGUAAACAAUACUGUCUGCUGUUAAAGUGAUAACGUUUAACCAUUUGACAAUAAAGUGCGACCGUACUGAUAUGCAGUGCAUUGUGCGUACCUUUUGGCCCUCAAAGGGUUAAUGACCCCUUAGGUCUGCGAUUACCAAUAAGCAGUUUCACACUGUUGUACUCUAACUCCCAUGAUGCUUUGCCAGCUGAUUUGAAUGGUUUCUUUAAGCUAAGGACAAGCUUUUUGUGUGGCACUUAAGGGGUUAAUACAGUCUCUGCUCAUGCAUUUUUACUCUUGGUGAUCAUCAUAACCAUCCACCUUUUUUGUUAAGAAAUAUUUGGCAGGAGUAGGUUUGUGUGAUUGGGGGGGUGGUUAACUACCCUUCCUCCUUUUUAACCCCUUAAGGACACAUGACAUGAUUCCCUUUUAUUCCAGAAGUUUGGUCCUGAAGGGGUUUGGACACUUAUUGUAAAUGCAUGCUACGGGGCUGUCUUAAUGGCAAUGCUAAUAUUAAUUAUUUUCCUUGUGAUCAGAUUUGUUAAUGCCAUUCCUGAAUCCCAGAACCACUGGGACGCUAUCCGCUGCCGUUCAUCCCAGUAAAAGGAGUUGUUUUUUUUUUGUUUUUGUUUUUUUCAAUGGCUGUGUAUUUUAUUUGUUUAUUAUUUUUUUGGACAAUUUUUAGUUUUCACUUCAAUAAAAUACAUUGUUUAGUCAUUUAAUAUAAACAAAUAAAGUGAAUAAACUCCUAGCUGUUUCAGAACUAAAUACUGAAUUGUAGGCUAUUGGCUAUUUAGGACCAAACUGAGAAGAAUGUUCCCUUCCAGGCUGUGAAGGGUUAAGCUGUGUGUUUGUGGCAGGCUGUGUAAGGGUUAAGCUGUGUGUUUGUGGCAGGCUGUGUAAGGGUUAAGCUGUGUGUUUGUGGCAGGCUGUGUAAGGGUUAAGCUGUGUGUUUAUGGCAGGUUGUGUAAGGGUUAAGCUGUGUGCUUGUGGCAGGCUGUGUAAGGGUUAAGCUGUGUGUUUUGUGGCAGGCUGUGUAAGGGUUAAGCUGUGUGUUUUGUGGCAGGCUGUGUAAGGGUUAAGCUGUGUGUUUUGUGGCAGGCUGUGGAGGGUUAAGCUGUGUGUUUGUGGCAGGCUGUGUAAGGGUUAAGCUGUGUGUUUGUGGCAGGCUGUGUAAGGGUUAAGCUGUGUUUGUGUCAGGCUGGGGGCAGGGUAUGAGAUGUUUAUUUAGUUGGAGAGACUUGUUGUGUCUCUGAAGGUGUCUCAGUUGCUAGGCAGGCAGGUGAUGCUUUGCCAUUGUUUAGUUUCAGCCCUGGCCCUCCAAGGCUAGUCUCAGUGUCUCACAUCCCCAGAGCACUGAAUAUCCAGGCUACCGUGCCAAUGUGGCAGAUAACUGGUUAAAAGCCAUAUCUUCUUCUCUGGGCCACAUCCAGCCUUGCAAACUGAGCACAAUACACAGCGUUCCCCCGCCCCCCCCAUUGACUGGCUCUGCCAAAUGACUGCAUUCAAAAAUGACAUUAAAAAAAUGUUUCCAGGCCCAGCAGGAAAGCAUUGAGCCGUUAGCUGGAUCUAACGUACUCGCUAAACAAAGCGCAGCCCAUCACCGCGCUGUCACAGUUUGAAAGGAGCAGGUAACAGAUUAAUUAUGGUCAGAAACGUGAAAUAACCUUGAAUUUUUCCUACAUCGCACUGUGGCAGAAAACCUUAUAACAAUACGGCUGGCCCAGUAGUGGGAGGUUCUGCUAUAAAUAUUGCGGAUUGUAAAAUACUAUAAAUGCACUGUAUGUGGAAGGCCCAAAUCUCCUAUUUUAUUAUCCUUUUAUAACACACACCUAUUAUUGGGCUGAAUUACAAGAAACGCUGUUAACGUUUAUAAGCGGCUCUGUUUAAAGGACCCAAAUGACCGUUCCUUCACUCAGUCCCUGUUUUAUGGUGUAUGUGCCUUUAAGCUAUUCUGCAAGUUGUAUUCUUUAUAAGCCACUAUAACAGAGCAGGGUGAUCUAUCGCACCCCACGCAGUCCUUGUUUGUAGUGAUCGUAGCCCUUUCAUUGGGAGAAUCUUGGAUUAUGAUAUUUUAUUGCUGAAUUCAAAGUUUUUUUGCAAUUUAUGUAAUUCUGUUUUGUUUCACAUUUACUCAUUUUAAAAAAAGUGUUUAUUACUUUACACCUAUGCAAAAGCAGGCAUAUAAAGAAACAAUUGGCAUUUUUGGCCUCUCGGGGAUCGCUCUUUUAGAACCAGGGACAAAAGACUCAAUUCAUUACUAUUUGAAAGUGGUGAAAAGCUGGGUCUCUGUCCGGCCUCCUUAAAUAAUGAAUGGUGGUGAAUGGGGGGGCCUGCCGUGGCGCUGGCGGGCCCUUUGAGUUUAACACCUGUUAGAAAUCACGAAUAGCUAGGAUAACAGGAUUAAUUUCUGUGGAAUUCAUUUCUGGGUCUGACUGUAUGUCCAGAAUCCAAACAUCUGCACAUGGGAAUUGUCAGGAACUCCAUGCGAAUUUCAUGUUUAGGCCCAAAAUAUCUGAAUUAAAACCAGAGCUGGCUUGAGAAAUUCAUCCCCUUCGCCCAUUUUGGCCUGAAAUUUGAAUUUCCAGCAGUUUAUACUUUAGUAAAUAACCCUGUUAGAUGUUGGGGUUUCUCACCAUGGCACACUUAUAUCCCUUCAAUGGGCCCACGGAAUGAUUAAUAUUUGUGAGCCCCCCAUGUUGGCGUCUCUACUUUUUACCACAUUUUACUGGGGUGUUGGUGGGGAGUCAGACCAUGGCGACUUUCCUUGCUCGCUCCGAUGUGAUAUCUCGACUAUCUCUCACAGAGCGCCCCCUAGAGAAGUACAGGUCCUUGGCACAAGAUAAACUUGCUGAUCUCCAGGGCCCGUUACAUUUCAAUAAUUGUAGCAGUAUCUUUCUGCAUGAGGUUCAGUUUUGGGGGAAACCUGGCAAAAUCAGGAGUAACUUUCCAUUGUGAUUGAUCCACUUUCUAAACCCUGCCCCCUCAAUGUUUAGCGCUACAUAUCCUUUUUUUCUUUCUUCUCUCAUUGUGGUAGCAAAGUUGACUAGUUAAAGCUUAUGGCCACCUAAACCCUUCCUUGGCAUUACACUGGCAUUGUAUAUUUUUUAAUGGCUCAUUAAAACCCCUGUUUAAAGAUAGCCAUCCCUUUGACGAUAUAUAUAUAUAUAUUUUUGGAUCUGCGCAGUUUACGGUUUUCAUUUUUUAAUUUCUUGAUCUUCCUGUAUUACUACCACCAUAUAAAGUCACGGUUUAAAGCUUGUUUGGGAACGUUGCGGAGUAUCACCAGGGGUUUGUAUUUGUGUCACUUCACUAUAACAAUAUUUAACUUUAACUCAUUCACAAUUAAAAUAUUUUGUCAGAGAACGAAGCAUUUUGAUGUUUUUAUAUUUCUGGCUAAUUGAUCGGAUAGUUUUACCCUUUGAUUAAGUUGUAAUUAUUGUCUUAUACAUAUUCAAGCAUUUCCCCUCCCUUAAUCCAAUAUUCAUAUUCGAAGUGUUGAAUAUUCAGACAUUUCUUUUAAUUCAAAGUUAUUAGCCAACGUUUACAGCUGUUUACUGCUUUCUUGCCAGGGGGAAAGAGGUCGAACCACCGUACUAAUAAAUUCCUUUUGUUGCUUGAACACUUUAGAUAAUUUUAGCUUUAAACACAAGAGUUCAUUUUCUACUUAAAGCUCUUUUAACUGAAAUGCAACAAAAUAAACAUACAGCCUCUCACUACAAUUGGCCAAGCUGGUUCAAAAUUAGAGUAAUUGUUUUUCUAAAAGCCGAUUUUUUUUUUUUUCAAUGAUCUUUUUUACACGUUUUAUAUUUACUAGCUAUUGUUAUUUAUAUUCCUCCUUGGCUUGAGAGACAUAACGCUAAUCCAACUGAAAGGAACAAGGUAUUGAGUGCCUUGGUCAAAGAGCUUCCAAUCUAAAGAAUAUGGCGUCUUAAUGCCAAGGUGGAUUGCCUAGUUUAUUAAGAACAUAAGACUGUAAAACUUUAUAUGAAUUAAUUAGAGGAUAAGAAGAAGAAGGGAAUUGAAACAAAAAUAAUUUCUGGCAGCUGAGAAAAUUGAACUGGGUAGAUGAAACCCCAGUUUCUAAUGUUUUUUGUAGAUAACAGACUACGAGAGUCUGAUCAGGAAGUGAUGCAGCCCUAGAUAAGACGUGCAGUUUAAAUUUAGUUCUAAGUUAAAUGGCCAUUGUGCGACAGAUAAUCAGUCCAUCAUGCAAGCAGUAAUGAUUUGUCUUUGCUUCGUCACUGAACGAGCUGUAAGAGAUGCUGAUAUAUCAAUAUUUAGGCGAUUUAUUGUGUAAACUGUUUUGGAGAAUUAGAGACUUCUUGGGGCAUUUCCUAAAUGUUGAUACUUCUACACAAAGCAUAAAGAACUCCUAUGCCCACAACCCUGAGUCAAUUUGUUCCAUUUAGUCCAGUUAGACUAGAUGUUUUUUAUAAAGCGCUAUAAAAAAAAAAAAGCAAAGGUUAGAGCUUGUAUCAGAAAGUUAUUGCUCUGAACAAUAUUCGUCCAGCACCUGAUGUAAGCUCCAGAAUUAGUUUUGGUGGGUGAAAAUGUGAGGCUUUGUGUCGGUACCCAUCAAAUUCCUCCAGAGUAUAUAUUUCUUUUUUUGUCAGUAUGUUUCUGGGAAACUGGCCUGAGAUGAGCAAUGACAUUACCAGCAAAUUGCUACUUCUACACCGAUUAGGGGCAGCCGGCAGGUGUUCACACUCUGUGACAUAUGACAGGUCUGACACCUAAGCCCACGCUACCUGUAUGUGGUUCAGGGGUCUGCCUCUAGUGCAACCUAUGGGGAUCACACGUUUCAAUUUGUAGAUGUUAAUUUCUACUAAUCAAAAAUAUUGGGACCCGAAAGGUGACACACUACAGGUUUAAUGGGCCAUCCUGGAUUUGGUUUUGUACUUACCAAUACCAUUAUAUCCAUUUAAUAUCAUAUUAAUACACCCUGUCAAAACAGGCAAUGGGUUAUAUAAACAAUCCCAGAUUUCAUACAUUAAAGGGACACUAUAGUCACCAGAACAGCUACAGCUUAUUGAAUUUGUUCUGGUGAGUAGAAUCACUACCUUCAGGCUUUUUGCUGUAAAAGCUGUCUUUUCAGAGAAAAUGCAGUGUUUACAUUACAGCCUAGUGAUAACUUCCCUGGCCACUCCUCAGAUGGCUGUUAGAGAUCCUUCCUGGGUCAGGGCUGCCUAAAAUGCAUCCAAACAUUCAGUGUCUCCUCCCUCUGCAUGCAGGCACUGAACUUUCCUCAUAGAGAUUCAUUAAUUUAAUUCAUCUCUAUGAGGAGAUGCUGAUUGGCCAGGGCUGUGUUUGAAUCAUGCUGGCUCUGCCUUUGAUCUGCCUCCUAGUCAGUCUCGGCCAAUCCUAUGGGGAAGCAUUGUGAUUGGAUCAGGCUACCACAUCUGAAGAUGGCAGUGGGCAGGUCUAAAAGAAACCGGGACAAAGCAUGCAGCUGCAGACUUGAAUACAAGUAAGAUUUUACUAUAUUUAGGGAGGCAUGAGGGGACCAGGGUGAUUAAAUGCUUCUCUAUGAGGAGAUGUUGAUUGGCACAGCGUGUCGUCUUGCUGCGCAUGUGCAAUGGCCUCCCAAUCAUUUCUUAUGGGAAAGCACUGGAUUGGCUGAGAUAAUCCAAUUUGGAGGCGGGUCAGUGUUUGGAGUAAGAUGCGAAGAAAUAGAUUCGGUGCUGGCAAAAAGGUAAAUAAAUCCCCUUUCUUAUGGGGGUAAAGGGAAGCCAGGGAGCUAAAUGGCACAUGUUUGUAUUCCUGACAGAAUAGUGUUCCUUUUAAUAUUGAAUCCUUCUUAAUAUAAUAUUAAGAGAUGCCCAGAAUAUUUUAUUAUGGAUUUAAUAUUAAGUACACCUUUGCUUUUGCACCUCACCUUUACAUAUAUAAUCUAUAAAAGUUUAAUGGGAAUUGUAUUUUUUUUCUUCUUUUAUUUUCCAUGUAAAUUCAUUGUCUGUUUGGGCGCACAGCUGCAAUCUAAAACGCACGGUGUCGCGCAGUGUGGGAAUGCUACUAAUCUUUCUAUUUUUAUGAAUAAUUCAUACUACAAAAGCAAAUCAAAUUCACAGUCACUUAUGGCUGAAUCUCGAACAUUAUUUUAGUUUCCCAGUUAUUAGAAAUGUGACCCCUCCUGGGGAUUGCAGCAUCACGUUUUUAAAAUGACAUUUUAAAUCACCAACCCAUCAGUUGCUACAUUAAUAAAACUUUAUUACCAGCCGUAAAAGCUGAUUUGGUGAGAUGUGUUGUGUUUCCAUGAGUAUCCUCUGUAUAUACAUUCAUUCACACCUUUAUAUUUGCUGGGGAAGAUCUCAUCACAUUUAGACAGUCGUUACAUCGUCCCCAAAGCUAGGAACAUUGGCCUAAAUAUGUCUCAAUUUGGUAGUAACCACCCGAAAUGUGCAGAGUAUAGUAAACCCCCCCUCUCUCUCCUUAAUGUCAUUCUCUUCAUUCAAGUCACAUCUUUAACUGCAACACCCUCCUGUUUGCUCCUAAUCGUCAGAAAUGUAAUUUAUCUAGAGAAUUGCUACCCUAUGAAAUGUUGAUGCUGCAGGCCACAGAAUUGCUUGGCAUUUUUUUUUAUUUACCUAAAAUAAAAUUAACACAAAUUUAUAAUUUGCCAUAGUGUGUUCCACAAUAAUUGUUCAGCAGUGGCGUCCAUAUGAAACAGAAAUGAAUAAGAGGGUAGCAUGUUCUUACAGGGGAAAAUAAAAAGAAAACGAUAAAGUCCUAUGCACGUUUUAUGGAGCUGUAACUAGCUCCAGUAUGAAUGGCAUACAGUGGUACAAUCCCCACUUGCAAGGAUACGUGAGAAUGAAGUCUUUGUAGUAGGUGGACCAUAAAAAUAAAAAGAAACAACAAUAGUGCUCACUGAAUAUAAUGCCAGGAGUAAGGAUAAAAGGAAACGUACUCACAUUUGCCAGAGCAGACGGGCUGCUCUAUGGAUCAGGCGAGGGUGGUAUAAUUCCCACCAAGGAUGUCUUUGGAGUAGUACUCACUGGAGAUAAAAAUCAGGUGCCAGGCAGUAUGCGGUAAAAUAAAAUUAAAUUGUGAUAACAUACAUACUAACAUAACAUACUACCCUAUUAUUCCUUUCUGUUGUUUCAUACGUACUCCACUGCUGAACCCACCCUGCUACGCCCAUUGAGGAAUUACCCAGACACUUGGUAGAAAAAUACUGCAGUAGCCUCCUGUAUGUGAUUAAAGUUAAAUUUACAGAGCAGGAGAGGAAAAAACCCCAAAACUUCUAAAUCAAGUUAACAUCUGACUGAAAAUGAAACCAUUUUUUUUUCAUGCAGGCUGUGUCAGUCACAGCCAGUGGAGGUGUGGCCAAACCGUUAUAAACCGAAACAAAAGUAAUUUAACUCCUAAAUAGCUGAGAAUUGAGCAGUGAGGCUACAGGGGCAUGAUCUAUACAGCAAAACCGCUUCAUUAAGCUAAAGUUGUCUUGUCUUUAGUGUCUCUUUAAGAAUGAUGCAAAUAAUUAAUAAAUAAAAGAGGAAAUGCUUGUUUAAGGUUUUUUAAUUCUGCAGAUAUUUGCAGAGCAGACUCAGCUCUUACUAGUCUCCACCAAUCAGUCUCUUAUCUCAUAGACUCCCAUCCAGCAGGAGUCUGAGAUAAGUCAUUUCUCCCCAGCUGCUGUUGUACUUGUCAUAUAUUUUUAUUCUGAUUUGAUUCUAUCAGCUUGUCAGUUAGUGGUUAAAAUAGAAGAACCUUUGACCCCAGUCUCCCCCACAAAUAGUUUUGUUGCAGGGGUAGGUAACCUUUGGCACUCCAGAUGAUGUGGGCUAAAUAUCACAUAAUGCUCUUACAGCUAUUAUCAUCAUGGGAGAUGUAGUCCAAAACCAUCUGGAGUGUCGAAUAUUGCCUACCUUUUUAUUGCGUUGUGUUAGAUCUGUGUGUGAUCCUUUACUCCAGCACCACUAAGGUAGGGCUAUGCUAUCCACCUCUUUAUCUGUAGAAUAGAUUAGAUAUUGUGGUGGUGGUACUCUACACCCAUUUUUCCUGUCUACUCAGCUGGACCACACAGUGUGUCUUGUCUGAGUGCUGACAGUACCCCAUCAUGGCUGCCCUGGGUCCUCAACAUUCAUAUUCUGCUCACAGCGUUUUUAGGGGGCUGUGGGUACCUGCAGGCACCGGACAUGGAAAUGCAACCCUGAACAUUGGCACCAAUAACAACAAGGAGGGGUGAUGGGCAUCAUUGAGUUUUUGAGUCUCCUCACUAUCAGCCUGACGUCUAAAAGAUACCUGACUGGCUACUAAAUUCUCAAAUAUUUGAUAACCCUCUGCCAUAGGCAAAUCUGAAUUGUAAGUAUUUAAACCUCCUGCUUUAAAGUUAAUAUUAAUUCAUUCGUCCUUCCGAUUCUCUGAUAUUGUACUGCAUGAGCAGUUUCCUGGAUAUUGUACUGCAUGAGCAGUUUCCUGGCAAACUUCUAUUUAAAAAAAUAAAAUAAAAAUUAAAACAACUCAGACAAACCUCACUCUGCCUCCAAAAAAAAUAAAAAAAAUUUAACAAUUUACAAAACCAACAAAAAGGAACCAAACAAACAAUUCAACACAGACAAAAUAAACUCCAUGUUUUCUCGUGAGUUCAAUAUGUUGAAAGAUAAAAGACAAAGCUAGAAGUAUUUUAGUAAAAUGACUUAAUGGUGAUUGCUAAUUACAAUGCAUUAGCUGGCAGUUGUUGGGUUUUUCCUGGCAGGGAGUCGGUAUAUGCAAGCAUAAUGUAAUUAGAGAGAGCAGAAAGAACAGGCAGAAUUCUUGAUCAGUUCAUAUGGGGAUGGUACAUUUAACCCCUUAAGGACCAAACUUCUGGAAUAAAAGGGAAUCAUGACAUGUCACACAUGUCGUGUGUCCUUAAGGGGUUAAAGGGACAGUACCAGAUAAAAUGGCCGUGUCUUUGUGUGUGUUGAAAUGCUUUGUAGUAGAUGAUGGUCAAUGAUUGUUUACCUUCUAGUCCUUCCUCUUUUUGCCGUCAGUAACUACUUCCUAUGUUACAUGUUUUGAAAUCAGACAUUUACAUGAAUUAUAAUGUAAUAAAUAGAAUAUGUCAUGCGUUGUCUCUAUAAAGGGACCAUAGUAUGUAUCAUAGGAAUAAACCUAGCACUGCAUCUUGAUACGUUGUACGGACUGUGGUCCUUUGUCUUCAAUAAAACAGGGAGUAAAUGCAUGAAUUCCCGACUUCAGUAUUUAGAAAAAAGAAACAUUGGAGCAUUAAACCUGAUCUAAGACUAAAUAGUCUGUGACUGUGUGUGUGUCUAUAACAUUAUAAUAAUAACUUUUUUAAUAUGCACGAACGCGAGCUUUUAAUCACACGGACACUUGACCAGAUUUGCAGGUAGUGAAUGUUAGUGAUGCCAUUAUAGUCUGCUCGGAUUGGAGUGGUGGUUGUGUUUUGUUUCCACGUCAUUACAUGUUGCUAAGAGGAAUCAUUUUUGAUAAUCUAUAAAAGGUUUGGGUUUUCCUGGUGUAAAACAAAUGAAGAUUGUUAGUAACCCCACUUGGCUAAUUUUGAAAGGACUAAUGUUAUAUGAUAUAACUUCUCUAUUACUGGCUGCUGCGUAUAAAAAUCUUGUUACCAAUUCGAACUGAGGCUCCAAUAAGUACUGUCAUCCACUUAUCCAAUCUAUUGUCCAUUUACAUAUAAUUGUUGUUGACCAUACUCCUCAGGACUUAUCUUGGAGUAUCCGGAGAUAAUAACCAGUUAUCUUGUCUAAUCGGCUUCUUUUGAAUCCUCAGACUGAAUUUAUGUGCUUGUACAUCAGGAUGACCAUAAGCAUAAACCAAGCAUUCUUCAAUGUCCUCACUGCCAUGGCCUUGUGAACGUACCAAGCAUUCUUCAAUGUCCUCACUGCCAUGGCCUUGUGAACGUACCAAGCAUUCUUCAAUGUCCUCACUGCCAUGGCCUUGUGAACGUACCGAGCAUUCUUCAAUGUCCUCACUGCCAUGGCCUUGUGAACGUACCAAGCAUUCUUCAGUGUCCUCACUGCCAUGGUCCUGUACUCGUACCGAGCAUUCUUCAAUGUCCUCACUGCCAUGGUCCUGUGCACGUACCAAGCAUUCUCUUGUGUAAUCUUUGAAGUCAAUUCAGUGCUCUGCUUAAAGUGUUAAAACAGAUAAUAUAUUGGAUUUUAAGUCCUUUCGCAUUAAUUACAAGGUAUAGAAUUACAUGAAAAUACUACAUAUCUCAUAACAUUUCCCUUUCUCAUGGGGUGAGUACAGAGUCCUCUGAGAUCCUAUACCGGAUUUUGCCAAUCUAUGGCACAAGUAUCAAUCAUGGCAAAGGCACAGGAGGCUGCUAUACCCAAAUGGGCCCGCUAGUGAAUAAGGUGAUCGCCAUAGAUGGCCCAGUGCUCAUGUAAGCAUAGUGGAGCAUGUGGUCUGCACUUCCAGUGGGUGCGGACCUCCUCCGUUAUUUGAUGCCUCUGAACAUUUUGAAGGAUUGUUAGUUACAACAGCCCCAUGGGCCUCCCACAAAUAUCACCCAAAACUGUAAACAGCCCAUAUAAGCACACAGCAUCACAUGCAACCUCUCCAUACACAAACAUACAAACAACCAUACAAGCAACCCUCCACACACACAAUGGCGUGAACAGCCCUCACACAAACACAACACACAGAAUAGUACAAACUGCUCUCACAUAUCCCACAUACAAUCCACAAAGCAGCCACUACACUCCAGGCAGAAUUCCAGAACAAACGCACUUUAAUUUAAAAAAACAAAAUAGGACCAACAGGACAAGGGGCGUCAUUGUGUUACCUUGGCACUGCUUAAAGGUUACCUGGGCUGUGCUAGUGAUAGGGUUCUUCAUGGGGUCACUGUUAAACCAGCUGUAAUGGAUAAUGUGUGAGAUGUCUUCACUAUGCAAGUUCUAGACUAGCUAGGAUUGUACAGUGCCUUGUAUAUAACUGGUAGAAUCCCCAACUGUCCUAUGCAAUGUGCUAAUCAAAAGCUGUGUUGGAAUCAACAGGUACAACCGCUAUAAAGAAUUCUUAUUAAGGUCAUGGAAUGGGGGUCUGGCAAUAGGCUACAGUCUCAUUUUAUCCCCUCAAACAUGAAUGAUUUGAGACCCUGUGAUAAGGAAAUAUGUAUAUCUGAAUGCUUAGAAUUUAUCUUACUCUUGGCAAUUUGCUACAAUAAUAGGCCAUAUCCUGUUGCUUUUAAAAUUGAAGUUCUGGCUGGUCAUGAAAAUCCCUUUUGAUAGGGGGAAAAGAUUCUGACUGUACGUGUAUAUCUAAACGCUCAGCAAUUCUCUGCUACGGCGACUUCUAAUUUGUAUCAGAAAUGAGAACAUCAUGAAAAUUGCUACAGGUUUCAAAUUGUAUUUCUUUAGAAAAAUCCCUCUGAUUCUAAGCAUACUGCUUUACUGAUUGAGCAAUUAUUUGUAGAAUAUAUAAAAAAUAUAUAUAUUUUUUUUGGGAGAGGGGGAAAUUGCUGGUAAAGAUUUUACGGCUGAAUGCUUUUUUUUUUUUUUUUUGGUAAGUAUUAUUUCUGCUUUGUGGAUUCUCAGUCCUGCUGCAGCUUAAAUUUGCCACUGAACACCGUAUAUGUGCAGAACACAUUGUGUGAUUAUUACAUUUAAUCGUAUCUGUGAUGGUGUGUUCAUAAUACAACAGGUGGAUUUAUUCAGCAGUUUGGAAGAAAUAAAGUCGUGGUUUGGUGUAUAUAGACUGCCUUUGUUUUAUAAGUAAAUCAGAUGUUCUCUCUAAAUUAGAGAGUCAGUAUUGCUCUGUUAAUUAAUAGUAAUUUAAUACAUUAAUUUUAAAGUUAACACAUAGCCGCUCCAUUUUAUUGCUCCACUAAGUCUGCGUAUAGACACAAAGUGGCUGCCACCAUUUAUUCUUCAUAUGGACAUCUUAUGGUCACUGACCAAGGUUUGACUUCUAACUGUAUUGUGAUUGGCUGUUCAGUUUUAUCCAAUCAGAAUACAGAUUUGAUGUCCAACGGUUGGAUAUGUUAGAUUUCCUGUCUCUCUCCUAGCUCUGCAUAUUUCAGCUUUGUAGACCCACAGGAUUCUUGGAGCAGGUGAAUGAAGGUUUGAUAAAUUCCAUAACUAAUGAAUGUAUAUGUGACGUUGUAUCUGGACAAUUCUGGUUAGAUAGUUUCAUAUAUUUUAUUACAUUGCAGUCAGCUCAAAGGAUAGUCCUUUUUCUUCAUGAAUGUUUCUUUUGUUUAUUCUCUCUGUCUUUAAACAAUGACUGGUCUAUACAGUCUGGGUAUUCCUUUCAGUUAAUGAAUAAAGUGAAACUGUCACUUUUUGGGAAAUACCCACCAUUGAAGAAAACUUUGAAAAUUACCUACAGCUUGUGUUAAACUUUUUAUUUUUUCCAUGAGAUUGUUUUUUUUUGUUUUUUUGUUUUUUUUUAACAAUUUUAUUAAAGAUUCAGCAAGUUACAUCACAAUCCCGUUAAUACAGAGUAAAGCCAGGGGAAAUGAUGGAAUGUAAGAGGAGUUGCAGAAACGUUGAAGGAUAUUUAAGUGUUUGGAAAAGUGACUCAAAUUCUGUCAAUUUCAAAACACUUCUGCAUAGUAAAUUCACAGAUUCUGUAAUGUUUUCUUACAUUUCCAUUUCACAUUGCCAACUUUAAAGUGGUAGGGAAAAAAAAAACCCGCUAUUGAACAGUCACUGAAAAUUGGAUAAAUCCGAUGCAUUGCGGGAAAAAAAAAAAUUCUACAUUAAAAUGGUUAGGAGACAAAAGAAACAGAGGAACAAAACCUGAAAGAUAUAAUAAAUUGCCAAAAAAGAGACCUAAAACUGUCAGUGACACAUUGAUAAAUUUACCCCAGUGUUUCAUUUCUCUGUAUGCUCUGUGUGCUCUCUCUAUGCUGUCUGCCAGGUGUAAAGGACAUACCAAUGACUGUCAGGGAGCUAGGAUGGAGACGCCCAGUCGCAGGAUAAAUAGGAGGAGGAGUAGUAUAUAUUUUAUUUUUUAUUUUUCACAUUUCACAAAUACAUAUUUCUUACAUUUAGGAGACAAGUUAACAUAAUAUAAAAACAAUCCUGGGAAAUCUAUUCCCUUUUAAACGAAAAUGAACACAGUCCAAAAGAAUAAUCAUGCGUUAUUGUGUUGUGCUUUGUUGUCCUUUGUGCUACAUUUUCUAUAUGUGUGUGUGAUUGUCUGCUGUAAACAAAGAAAUAAAUUAAUAUUUGUAUCUGGAAGGAAGUUACUUGUUUGCAAAGUAACAUAUUUGUUCAUUUUGAAAUUACAUUAUACCGCUGUGAAUUUUUUGUAAACAGAUGAUUUUCUCAAUGGUACCAUUAUAAAAAUGUAGGGAACUCUUCCAAUAUCCCCACAAAUUACUGUUUUUUGCUGCAACUUGUAAGGAAUUAGAGUUGUUUUAUUAUCGUUCCACGUAUAAGGGAUAGGUCCUCCUGUAGCAAUGUGUGAAGGAUGUAAUUUGUGUUCCUUUGGUGCAAUGUGUCAUGGAUGGACAUUGUGUCCUCCGGAAGCAGUAUGUCAUGGAUGGGAGUUGGGUCCUCUCAUAGCAAUGUGUCUUGAAUGGGAGUUGGGUCCUCUCAUAGCAAUGUGUCUUGAAUGGGAGUUGGGUCCUCUCAUAGCAAUGUGUCUUGAAUGGGAGUUGGGUCCUCUCAUAGCAAUGUGUCAAGGCUGGGAGUUGGGUUCUCCUGUAGCAAGAUGUCAUGCAUGGGAGUUGGGUCCCCUUGUGUCAAGGAUGGGAGUAAAAUUAUACUGGGAAUUGGGCACUACUGACUAUAUUCUCUUUUUCCUGCAGAUUGUAGUCGGCUAUGGGAUGGAGCAAGACCAGUAUGAAGCUCGGCUUAAAGAGCUCUUUGACAGUUUUGACACCACAGGCACAGGGUCUCUGGGGCAGGAAGAGCUGACAGACCUUUGCCUUGCUCUCCAGCUGGAGGAUGUUGCUUCAUCUCUACAACAGGCUUUACUUCAAGACAACCCCCAUGGCCGAGUAAGAAAUCCUAGCCCAUGAUCAUAAUCACGAGUGACAUGUGUUAGGGGGCGGGGAAAGAAAAUAAGGAGACAUGAGAUACAGGGUGGUGAUGUUCUUCAAAUGCAAUAUUCUCUAGUCUAAUAGUCACGCUCAAGGGAUAAACUGACUUAACACAUUUUUGAGUUUGAAUUUUUAAAUCUGUCAUAUUUACUAAGGCAAAGCAGGUGAUAAUCAGGGGAGAUGUGAUAAAUAAGGAGACCAAUCUCUCGAUGCUAACUUUUUCAAAGAAUAGCACUUUUUUGUUGUUGUAACAAUAGUGGUUCGAGGUGCAAUAUCUUAACUUUUCGAUUCUCCUAAAUAAAACCAUAAUUGGCAAACAAAUUCAAUAAAUACAUGUAUAAAUUUCUUUAUACAUGUAUCUUUCAGUAGAUUCCCACAUGAUCGUUUGCCAACACUAGCUGUAUAAAAUAGUUAUAUAAUAUAUAUAUAUUCUCUCCCUCUCCCUCUCCCUCUCCCUCUCCCUCUCCUGCAUGUGAUUAAAGAUCAAUUUAGAGAUUGAGAUACAAUUAUUUAAGGUAAAUUACAUCUGUUUGAAAGUGAAACCAUUUUUUUUUCCCAUGCAGGCUCUGUCAAUCAUAGCCAGGGUAGGUGUGGCUAGGGCGGCAUAAACAGAAACAAAGUGAUUUAACUCCUAAAUGACAGUGAAUUGAGCAGUGAAAUUGCAGGGGAAUGAUCUAUACACUAAAACUGCUUUAUUUAGCUAAAGUAAUUUAGCUGACUAUAGUGUUUCUUUAACCAAAUGAGAUUGUAAGAUUGUAGAGAUAAUUUAUUGAUGGCUUUGUGAUGUCCUACCCUUCCCUUUUGGGUUCUAUUAGAUAUAGUCUGUGUAAAACUGGUUCACGAGCCUAGACUUUGCACCAUCUGUCUUUUACACAGCUGUUUGGCUCGGCAGUGAAACGCGGAUUACAGGAGACGAAUGACUUUGCGUCCCGCAUUGUUUGUCUUGCUGUUUUCAUUCUUUUACAUAAUUAUUUUCCUCUUUCAACGCAUUUUGUAAACAAUAGGACUUUUUGUUUCUUGGUAAAGACAACUAUUUUCAGAUUUCAGUUUUAAAUCAAUGUCCGAUAGCUCUACUUUAUCCUAAUGAUGGAGAAAUGGCCAUAACUCAGUGCUACAAAGCUCUGUAACUAUAACGAGUGCUCUCAUUCCUCUAUUCACAAUCUCUAGAAACCUUGUGGAUUGUGUACAAGUGAUUUAAAAAAAAUAAAAAUAUAUAAUAUAUAUAUUUUUUCUAUUUCCCCUUUCUUUCCUCUACUUCAAGUCAUAUUUAAUGACCUGAUAGCAUUGUGUGUUUCCUUUGUUAUAGAAGCAGAAUAUUAAAUCUUGUAUUAACAUAGUAGAGUGCCCCAGUGUAUUCUGGCACUUUGCGCUUUCCUAAGUAAAUGCAAAACUAAAAUAUCAACAUUGUUUCUGUCGAUCAACACAACGUUCAGCCUAUCAGUAUGUGCCAUUUGUGUCACAUGACUGUCAGUUACAAAUAAAGGGCCGGCUCCGCUACGCCCACCCGUGGCUUUAUUAGUGAAGCAAUCGUGAUUUGCUUCACUGCACAAGAGAUAUUACGUUUGGAGUUGUUUCUUGGCGAUUCAGUUUUUUUAUAAGCACCUUGUAAUUAUUAUUUGAUCUUCCAGUGGUGCAUAGAAUGAACCUUUAUUAUCUGACUUUUUGGAAACUGUGUUUGUGCAAUUUAUUCAUUAAACUUCUGAGUUUUGGUGAAUUGAUAUCGGAGUUGCAAAAUUAAGGCAAAAACAGCCGAUCUAGAAUAAAUUACCAAUUGAAUGUAUUCACAACUUUUUCAGCCUAAAUUUUGCAAAUCAGAAUUCAAAUUGCUACUAUUUGGAGUUCAGGGAAUAAUCUACACUCAUAUAUUCUCAAAAUGUCUUAUCUUAUACAUUCUUCAAGAUAUAAAAAAAUCAAUACAAACCAAAUUAUUAUAAUUUUUUGAAAUUGUACGUAAUGCAGUUUUUUUGUUUUUUUUUAAUGUGUGGAAUGAAUCCUACAUAGAGAAUAAAUGACUGACAUUAACUGUAAUUGUAUAUCCCUUAAUUAAUAUAUAUAUAUAUAUAUAUAUAUAUAUAUAUAUAUAUAUAUAUAUAUAUAUAUAUAUAUAUAUAUAUAUAUAUAUAUAUAUAUAUAUAAUGUAUAUGAUCCUAAAGGCAUUCUGACUUAUUCUACAGGUUCACUUCGACCAGUUUAAAGAAGCUCUAAUAGAUGUGUUGUCCAGCCGGCUAUCAGACAAAGACAGCUUUGAAGAACAAGGUAAAUCACAUUCCUUUUUAUUUGGUAAUCUAUAACCUAACUUGUACAGCACACCUAAUUAAUAAUAUAAACCCACACAGUAUAAUGGAAAUCUAACGUGUGUGGGAGCCUGGAGUGUCCCUGUAAUAAUAUAAACCCACCCAGUAUAACCAACUGUAACCUAACCUACACAGUGCAUCUAACGUGUGUGGGAGCCUGGAGUGUCCCUUUAAUAAUAUAAACCCACUCAGUAUAACGAACUGUAACCUAACCUACACAGUGCACCUAACGUGUGUGGGAGCCUGGAGUGUCCCUUUAAUAAUAUAAACCCACCCAGUAUAACUAACUGUAACCUAACCUACACAGUGCAUCUAACGUGUGUGGGAGCCUGGAGUGUCCCUUUAAUAAUAUAAACCCACCCCGUAUAACUAACUGUAACCUAACCUACACAGUGCAUCUAAUGUGUGUGGGAGCCUGGAGUGUCCCUUUAAUAAUAUAAACCCACCCAGUAUAACUGUAGCCUAACCUACACGGUGCAUUUAACGUGUGUGGGAGCCUGGAGUGUCCCUUUAAUAAUAUAAACCCACCCAGUAUAACUAACUGUAACCUAACCUACACAGUGCAUCUAACGUGUGUGGGAGCCUGGAGUGUCCCUUUAAUAAUAUAAACCCACCCAGUAUAACUAACUGUAACCUAACCUACACAGUGCAUCUAACGUGUGUGGGAGCCUGGAGUGUCCCUUUAAUAAUAUAAACCCACCCAGUAUAACUAACUGUAACCUAACCUACACAGUGCAUCUAACGUGUGUGGGAGCCUGGAGUGUCCCUUUAAUAAUAUAAACCCACCCAGUAUAACUAACUGUAACCUAACCUACACAGUGCAUCUAAUGUGUGUGGGAGCCUGGAGUGUCCCUUUAAUAAUAUAAACCCACCCAGUAUAACUAACUGUAACCUAACCUACACAGUGCAUCUAACGUGUGUGGGAGCCUGGAGUGUCCCUUUAAUAAUAUAAACCCUCCCAGUAUAACUAACUGUACCUAACCUACACAGUGCAUCUAAUGUGUGUGAAUGGAGGUCCCUUUAAUAAUAUAAACCCACCCAGUAUAACUAACUGUAACCUAACCUACACAGUGCAUCUAACGUGUGUGGGAGCCUGGAGUGUCCCUUUAAUAAUAUAAACCCACCCAGUAUAACUAACUGUAACCUAACCUACACAGUGCAUCUAACGUGUGUGGGAGCCUGGAGUGUCCUUUAAUAAUAUAAACCCACCCAGUAUAACUAACUGUAACCUAACCUACAUGGUGCAUCUAACGUGUGGGAGCCUGGAGUGUCCCUUUAAUAAUAUAAACCCACCCAGUAUAACUAACUGUAACCUAACCUACACAGUGCAUCUAAUGUGUGUGGGAGCCUGGAGUGUCCCUUUAAUAAUAUAAACCCACCCAGUAUAACUAACUGUAACCUAACCUACACAGUGCAUCUAACGUGUAUGGGAGCCUGCAGUGUCCCUUUAAUAAUAUAAACCCACCCAGGAUAACUAACUGUAACCUAACCUACACAGUGCAUCUAACGUGUGUGGGAGCCUGGAGUGUCCCUUUAAUAAUAUAAACCCACCCAGUAUAACUAACUGUAACCUAACUUACACAGUGCACCUAACGUGUGUGAGAGCCUGGAGUGUCCCUUUAAUAACAUAAACCCACCCAGUAUAACUAACUGUAACCUAACCUACACAGUGCAUCUAACGUGUGAGGGAGCCUGGAGUGUCCCUUUAAUAAUAUAAACCCAACCAGUAUAACUAACUGUAACCUAACCUACACAGUGCAGCUAACGUGUGUGGGAGCCUGGAGUGUCCCUUUAAUAAUAUAAACCCACCCAGUAUAACUAACUGUAACCUAACCUACACAGUGCACCUAACGUGUGUGGGAGCCUGAAGUGUCCCUUUAAUAAUAUAAACCCACCCAGUAUAACUAACUGUAACCUAACCUACACAGUGCAUCUAACGUGUGUGGGAGCCUGGAGUGUCCCUUUAAUAAUAUAAACCCACCCAGUAUAACUGUAACCCAACCUACACAGUGCAUCUAACGUGUGUGGGAGCCUGGAGUGUCCCUUUAAUAAUAUAAACCCACCCAGUAUAACUAACUGUAACCUAACCUACACAGUGCAUCUAACGUGUGUGGGAGCCUGGAGUGUCCCUUUAAUAAUAUAAACCCUCCCAGUAUAACUAACUGUAACCUAACCUACACAGUGCAUCUAAUGUGUGUGAACCUGGAGUGUCCCUUUAAUAAUAUAAACCCACCCAGUAUAACUAACUGUAACCUAACCUACACAGUGCAUCUAACGUGUGUGGGAGCCUGCAGUGUCCCUUUAAUAAUAUAAACCCACCCAGUAUAACUAACUGUAACCUAACCUACACAGUGCAUCUAACGUGUGUGGGAGCCUGGAGUGUCCCUUUAAUAAUAUAAACCCACCCAGUAUAACUAACUGUAACCUAACCUACACAGUGCAUCUAACGUGUGUGGGAGCCUGGAGUGUCCCUUUAAUAAUAUAAACCCACCCAGUAUAACUAACUGUAACCUAACCUACACAGUGCAUCUAACGUGUGUGGGAGCCUGGAGUGUCCCUUUAAUAAUAUAAACCCACCCAGUAUAACUAACUGUAACCUAACCUACACAGUGCACCUAACGUGUGUGGGAGCCUGGAGUGUCCCUUUAAUAAUAUAAACCCACCCAGUAUAACUAACUGUAACCUAACCUACACAGUGCAUCUAACGUGUGUGGGAGCCUGGAGUGUCCCUUUAAUAAUAUAAACCCACCCAGUAUAACUAACUGUAACCUAACCUACACAGUGCAUCUAACGUGUGUGGGAGCCUGGAGUGUCCCUUUAACAUCCAGCAGUCUAAGAGCUGUUCAAAAGUAUGAUUUCUUUGUAUUAAAGGCACUUGGUAUUCUCAGCAUAUACUACUAGAUAUACAGUCUGAAACACUGUAAGCAGGAUUCAAGCGAAUGCAGUGUAUAAAAAAGUUACUAGUAAUCGGAAACAAUACGGAUCAGGGUAACAAAACACACAACUGUCCAUUCCAAUAAAAAUAUGCUUGUCUCUUAAUUUGUUUUGUAAUAAAUUGCAAAAAUACAUUAAAAUGGUGAGUAACACUCCUCCCCCCCCCCCUCAAAAUGUAUUUAUUUUUACUAAAAAUAGAGAAUUGUCAUUAUUUGCUUAUUGAAUAAAAAAAUAAAAAAAAUCUAUAUAUAUCUAUCUAUAUAUCAAAGAAUCCCUCAAAACAAGUCUUGUUUGUUUGUUAAUUUAUGUAUGUUUUUGGAAAAAGUUACAGAAAGUGUGGGCAAGAUAUCCUACAAGCAAUCAGUAAUUUACAUACAAAUAAGAUGCUCAGACAUUUUUGUCUUCAUAUAACAGUACGUUCAGGUGACAAAAGUGAAUUUCUGAAGUACCAUUACAUCGUAGUGCUUUAACGUUGACAAGUUUGCUGUUGUUAAAGUUUACCUCUCAUGCCUAUAACAAUGAAUGCUCUUUUCAAAGAACAAAACUUUUCAUCUAUACAUUGUGUUAGCAGAUUUGCUCGCAAAUGUCUAAAUUGGAAGAAAAAAAAAAAUGUUUUCUUCUCCCAUCUGUCCGUCAAAUCUACAGCAUAGACAAUAUAAAUAAGAACCGACUGAUCAGGGACAGCAGUAAAACCCUCCCAGAGGCGGUAGUUCUGCUCUCCACACAUAGCAACCACAGUGCAUGCGCAGUGGUUGCUAUGGUAUAGAGUAUUUUACCUUUCAUCCUCUAUAUCAUAAACUUUCUUAGGCAGUAUUUAACAUUAAUUACACCGUAGUCAGAUUUACCCACGCCCCACUGGGACGUAAUAUAUGUAUAUUCUAUACACGCUGACGCCAUGAGUGUUGUGGAAUAGUUAUGUGACCUACAAAGGAUUGGGAUUUGUGAAAUAGUGUAACCUCUCAAACUGUUAGAGGAAUUACUUUUUAAUUUUUUUCUGAAAAUGUAAGCAUGUUUUUCAGCCAGCAAUCUAUUUAUUUAGCAUAUCCCACCCCCAGAACCUUGCUGAUUCUGUUAUGAUUUGCUUGUUAGUGUUUCCUUCGUACAAUUCCUGACUCAGACUUCCUGUCUGCCUGAGCUCGAUGUUACUCUGUUACAGGCCUCUGUCUGCGCCUUCUCUGGAUCCUUAUUUGAUUUGUCACUUUGUGUUGGCUUUGCUUUCGCUGUUGAUAUUUUGUCCCUUGUUCUUGACGUACAUUGGUUGCCUAGUGACUGAGUGACUCUUUAACAUUACAACAUAUAGAAAGAAAAUCCUGACCGUAUGUGAUUCUUUGUUCUCAGAACUUCAUGGGAAAACUGAGUCUUUUGACUGUUGGAUUUAUCAGUUUAGAAUUGGAGACACGAGGAGAAAUAGCAAAUUAUGUUCUGCUAAAGUCUGAUUUUUCGUUCCUUAUUUCCAGAUUUUUUUCUGUUCAGUAAACGCUAUGGAUGUGUUAUUUUUGGUAUUUUAUUUUGUUUAAUCUGGAAUUUUGUGUGUGUGUGUGUACACGAUUUGUUUGAAUGUAGUGAUCUAGAUAGAUGCCUGGUUAUCUACAUCACAAAAUCAAUGUAAGGUAGAUAUAGUGUUAAGGGGUGCAAGGGGGGUGUUGGGUUUGCAGAUUUUCUUGUUAGAGUGCUCUGUUGCAUAAAGUAGACACAAUGACUAAACUACAUACCAACUAAGAGGACCAUGAUUUUAAUUUAUUUAUUUUUUUUUACUUUCCCCAUUAAGGUGUUUUAAAAGGCUUGAAUGAUUUAAAAAUACAUUUAAAAAAAUAAAUAAAAUAACACUGGCCAAGCUCAGCUUGUUUUAUCUAAAACUAGGACCCAGAAUCCUCUCUGUAUAGAGUAAAUCAUAUCCCGUCCUGUAACUGUCUUCUUCCUGAAGAAUCCUUUUCUGGAUGUUUAAUGAGGAACACUGUAUCUUUGUGUGUGUAAAUGGAGGGAUGCAUUCUCCAUAUUGAUAUAUGUAUGAUGCUUCAUAUAGUGGAUAAGGAAUCUCCUGUCCUGGGAAGGCCCCUGAUGUAGGCUGUUUAGGAUUAAGUCCCCCUCCCCCCCUCAAAUUUAAGAACAAAGUUCCAUUAAUGCAGAGCUGUAUCUUUUCCUGAAAAAAAAACAUUCAUCACGCUGCUCAGCGGCUCCCAAUUACUCUGUACCAGCUCCUACAGCAACUGACCUUUCAUUUGAUUUAAUGAAUCAUUCGCUACGACCCAGAUUAAAUCCUGGAUUAAUGAAACCCCCUUGUUCUGACCUCGCAGGGUGGGUUCCUGCGUUCUUUGUUAAAUGAGCCGUUCGCAACAUUCGAUUACUCGGGUUUAUUAGAUGCAACUCCUGGUAAAAAUAUAUAAACAGACAAAUGCUGAGUUUUGUACACAAUCCAUUAAACAGCCGGUUCUAAAAUGUUCUUAUUCUGCAAAGUUCUGUUUUAUAGAAAAGUACAGCGCGCUUUUUGUGCCCGAAUAAGGAUUUUCAUAAAAGAUCCACCAUGUGCGGAAGCAGCUAGGUGCAUUAUUAUUGUGUAUGUACAUUCUAGUUCAUAUCUGAUAACCCUGAUUAACAUCUUGUUUAUAAAGGAUGGGGUUAUAGGUGGAGUGCUACAAAGAACGCUUACAAUAUUCAAUUAACGGUUCCAGCAAAUGUGAGUGUUCAAUACUCACGUUGUAUUUUGGGUAUUAUUUUUACCCUUUUGGUUUAUUAAUAGAAUUACACUAUGUGUCCAUUUUCUUUGUUUCCCUUCUGUGUCACUGAUAAGACUACGCACCUCUUAAAGAAAGAGGGGAGCGUGCUGAAAUCUAAGGAGAGUUGUGUUCUUACAGAAGUCCAAGCGGAGCACACAUUUUAAACAAUGUAAUUAUUAAUAGUCAGUGGUUGCGUAAACAGGAACAGACUCAUUUAGUAAAACGAGGAACAAAACUUUGGGCAAAAUGGCUGCAUAACGAGAGGGAGGAAGUGAGACAAGAUCAGUAAUUAACAUUCUUCCUUCAUAGCGACUUGCUUUUUUUGCAUGCUUCAAUAUUUACAGUUUUUUUCCAUAUAUAAACUCAUAUUUUGCUUUGCACAAUGUUGUGCCAUAAGCCUGCCUCUUUAGCCACGCCUCCCCACUCCAGAAAAAGUCUUCCAUAUCAAAUGUACGUACACAGCUCAGCCACUAAACUGAACUACAAAAUAACCUGCAUUAAUAGGAGAGGUCACCCAGGGAGGCAUUAAGUAAGGAUAUCACUACCUGUUUGUUGGUUCUUACUUAAAAGCCGCUCACUCAAUGCUGUUGGGUCUAAAAAUGUGUGCGUACAGUAAGUCUUUCUGACAUUAGGGUUGUGGCUAAAGAGACGGGCUUGUGGUGCAACAUUCUGCAAUACAUUUAUUCAGUGGCCGUGAGUUGUUGCUUUUAUGAGACCGAUUAUUAAAACCUAUGGUUGUAUGAAUUGUGGCGGCAGUGUGUUAUUUCGCAAAUCGAACUGUGGAAUAGGCUCUGUUUUUGUUUUGUUUUUUCUUCUUCGCUUUAUUAAUUUAUUUGGCCGGUAAAUAAACCAGUCUGCGGCUAUGUGACAGCCUAGGAUUCAUCAAAUAGGCAAUCACUAAAGUGAUUUAAAGCAGCCAUUGAGAUACUGAUCAUGGUCGCGGUGUGUAAUGCGAGCAAAUUACCUUUCCUGCUUUUCUGUGUGGAUUUAUUGAUUAUUUUUUUUCAGCACCAGAUACCUGAUUCCAGAUACAAAUUGCAAUCAUCUGUAUUUCAAUAAUAAAACCUACACGUAUCUCCCAUUGACCUAUACAUCUCAUUGUAUUGCAGUGGCUGAGAUACCUGGUCCCGUUCUGAAAUAUUAUAUAUGCAUUAUGACAUCCACAUGUGUAUCUUAUCCAAGAGGAUUGGUCACUGCUCAGAAAAUUCUACCAUUAAAUAAAACCAUGAAAAUCAUCUAUAACUUGAGUUAACUUUUUUAACUACUAGAUGCUUUGUUUACUUUUACAUUUAUAUUAAAGAUUUAGUCAUUGACCUAAAAAUCAGGUUCAGUCCUGGCACAGCCAAGGCACACGUUGCAAAUGAGGAGGAGAAUUGAAAAGUUCCAUUUCCUUCUAUUCUCUUCCUACUGACUAGCAGGUGCAAAGGGCGGAGCUUAAAACAGUGACUAACAAGGAGCCAAGAUGGAGGCGCCCAGUUACAGGAUAAAACAAAUAUAGUGAUAUGGAUUUCUACAUUUUUAUUUAGACCUUGCACACAGAUACUUAUGAAACAUGGGUAAUAAGUAAACAUACUAUUAAAAAUCCUGAGAAGUGACAGAACCCCUUUAAUCCGUAUUUCCACGUCUUGUCAGGGUAUGCAAUACGCCUGGUAUACAUUAAGUCUUGCACCUGCAGGCUUUGUGAGAAUAUAAAACAGCUUGCCGUAAUUAUACAGGAAGAAUAAAAUAAACAGAAAUCUCCUAUUGCUAAGUAAAUAAUUAAACUCAUUAAAAUAAAAUUUUUAAAAAUUUAAUUUUAUGCACGUUUUUAAUUUUUUUUUCUGUUCUCUCCUCUUCAUCCUCUCUCUCUCUCUGUGUGCACUUUGUACGUGGGGCAUCAUUUUCUGCAUUUCACAAGUGUAUUCAGUUAAAGUACCAUGUGUUUUGGCAAUAACGUUGAAAAUAAUUUUAUGUUCCAACUAUAAGUUUCUUUUUAAGAAGCAUCUCUUUGAUUCACACUGCGCAAUACCUUGCCCCCUGCUGCUGUCAAAUUUAUUGCAACAAAAACUAGUUUUUGGCUCUGCAUAUUAAAUAAUUUAUUUGCAGUUCUCCCCCAGGGAAUCUGCUUCGUUCUCUGUGCUCACUUUUAACACAAUCCAUCUCCACAAGAGCAUUUGAUUCAUGUGUUUGAAGUGCAGAGCUCAAACGAUAAUACCAGAGUCUGUCUUGUUGUCCAUUUGAUAUGAAAACACCUAAAGACGUCCUCUCUAAUCACAAGAAUGUCAUCAUCCAAUUCCUGCUUGAUCCAGAUUUCAUUACUUCUAUGCUUUUUUUGUUUGUUUUAUUUUCCUCCACAUUUUUAACAAAUAUACGUCAUGUCUCAUUCGAAAUGUAACCGUGUUUUUACAAUAUUUUAUUACACAAUAUAUAAUAUUGAUGUAUUCAUUGGGAGGUCAAAAUAUUGUCGGCUUUAAAGUUGAAAUCUUCAUUUUAAUUAAAUUUCUGUACAUGAAGCCACCUCUCUUGGAUUGUUCUGUUGGGCAGUCCUUUGUAUGGUCUGUGAUAUCUCUCAGGAUCUCCUUCUACUUGUCCCCCUCCACCUUCUAAGAUGUCUAGACCAGAUUCGAAGCUACAUAAAUGACUAUAUAUUAUUCUGAUUAUUGUGUUAAUAUCCUAAUAAUUCCAUGAAUUAUUAAGCAAUGUGAUUUAUGUACACAUGCCCUCCCCACCCCCCCACACACACACACUCAAGCCCUUUAAAUAGAAUUUGGACCACUGUGUUCUUAUUUUAGGGUUAAACCCCGGCCCACCAGGUAUGAAUCAGACACUUGAAGUGAAACCAUGAUAAAGGGCAGGUAGGUACACUCUACGCAGGCCAUCCACAAGAUGUAUAGACGGGUAGAUUUAUAAAAUCUGUACAAUGACUGAUAUAGAGUUUAGAGUGAUGUAGAGACACUGUAGCUAGGUAAAUGGCAUUUUUAUAUUUCACUUUUUUUUUUACUCGUGUAUAAUUUCUACAGAAUUCCAUUACCCAUAAAAGAUUAUGGCUGCUUUCUGGAAUAUUUAUUUGCAUCAAUGUGUUGGGUAAAAUGAAUAUGUAUACCCGAGGACAUGUGAGAAAGCAGAAAAAUUUAAAAUGUAUCCUUUGAUAUUGUUAAAAUGUCUUCUCCACAGAUUGCUCUCCUGAAGUCCAGCCAAAAUACAUCAAAGAUGGCAAGAAGUACGGCAGGCGGUCUGUGCCGGAGCUGCAGGACUCUCUUGAAGAGUUUGAUGAAGAAACGGUAAUUGAAGCUGAGGACGAAGUAACGAGAUCUUCGCAGGUCAGCUCCAGAAAUUGCGAGGAGGUAAGAUGAAUGGAAUUAAUAGCCGGAGGGACUUCGCACACUGAUUGGGAGCUUGUUUUGCACCCUUAACGGCUAUAAUGAUUACCUUGAUCAGGCAAUCUGCAUCCGUACCCAUUAGCGAUUAAACGUAGGAUGCAUCCUCGUGUCCUUGUAAAUGUAUCCUUCAUAGGCUAGCUUGUGAAUCAUUUCAAAGAAGGAUUAACGUCCCGACCCAUCAAAGGUGAUGGUUUAAUAUUGCGUAUACAUUUUUAAUAAACCAUUCAAGUAUCUGUUUCAUUAGAUCUGAUGGAUAUGAGGGGGACACCGUGCAUUGCUCACUGUUGUACUAUCUGAGAUUUUCUGUAUCUUGCAAAAGUCUGGCAUGGAAAAGAAAAAAGUGUAGAUCUCUUUAUGCCAUCACUCCAUGCAGUUAGUUUAAAAACAAAAGAGGUUCAAAGCAACUGGUAGGGGGGUGUGAUAUAAAUAUUCACAGAAAAAUUACUCUACGCGGAAAUAAUGGCAAUUUGAUGUGCAAAGCUUUAAUGAGCCCCGACGCCUGGUGAAGAUCCCACCCAUAUAUUCUUUAGGGGGGAUUACUGCAGAUUGGCGUAAUGUGAUGGAUUCUUACCGGGUACAGCAAUGGCAUGCUGGGAUUAAACAAAUACCUGAACCAUUGACGUUACUAAAUUGUCUUUUUAACCCUUUGAGGGCCAGGGCAGUAAUUUUUGAGCUUUGUUUCCUCUUUCACUUGAACUUGUAUUCUUACAAAAUGUACAAUUUUCCCAGAAAAAUCUAUAUAUUGUUCUUAAGAGACAGCUCUAUAUUUUUUUGAUGCCAUACUUCUAUCCAUAGCACAUCAUUUAGUAUGGGGAUUAAAUGCAAACUCUAUCUAGACCAACACUAAUCCAUUUCCUAUGGUAAGUUUACUCUAAUACCAUCCCUAACACCUACUCUAAAACAAAAACUUUACCGAGGGCUGGCUAUUCCUAACCCUAAUCCCAACAUUUACGCUAACCUUAAUUCAGGCUGACACUAGGACAGGGUUAGAGAUUUUGAAGGGUUUGGAGGAGAUGGGUUUUAAAAUGAUAGCCAUUCUAUCAAAACACUGGAAUCCUAACUGGCCACCUUAGUGAUGAUCCCGGCAGUCCUUGGGGUUCUGAAGACCUUUAUAAACCGCUCAGUUUUUAGUCUUGUGUUUCAUUAUGAUUUCUCUAGAUUUCAUUGAUGGCUUUUUCCUAUCAUACACUGCUCACCACAAUGUGUCCAUACAUAGAUAAACUAUUCAUUCUUUAUUUAAAAAAAACAAAAAACAACCCACACAGAAAAAACAAAGAGAAUAUCUAAAAUCCCCUUUCCACACAGCAACUCCAUCCGGGGAGAACAGACAGGUGCUGAAACCUGCUCGGAAUAUUGAUUGGCUGUGUCUUCCGAAGACACGGUUGAGUUAAGACUUGGAAACCUGCGCAUCUCGCUGUCUAUUUCUCGAGAAGCGAUGUUCGCCUGGCACAGCUGUUCUUCAAAAUAUGUUUAAUUAGGUUUCAAAUCCCAGUCCUCUUGGUCCCUGGAUUGUAGUUCACGGUAACGAACAUGGGUGUUUUUUUUGUUUUUUUUCACGAAGCAGGCUGCAAGGUGCACACGUUCCUCCAGAUUCAAAUUCUGCACAAGAUGUUUAAUAACUUCGAUUCCCGAGCAGUAAAUUACAUUUUUGGCAUGUGUGCGUUAAUGCUUCUUCAUUGAUGUUAUGCUACGCAAAGUGUCUCCGGCUACAGGGGAACUUAAUUCUGACAUUAAUUUGGUUUGUGAAUCAUUAAUAAUUUACUCGCAUGAAAAAUAUGGAAUGUGCAAAUCAUAGAUUUUCUGUACAUGGAAUUUUUUUGAUGUGUUACAAGGAAGACAGGAAGAAAAGUCAUUAGACCUUUUCUUUAAAAUAGCUGCCAAAAAGGCAAAUAUUCAUACUAAUUUCUAAAAAACCCAAUUAUUAAUGUAAGUGUCGUGACUAGGCCAGUUUUAUCCAGGUGGCUUAUUGCAUUAAAAAGCAGGCUAUAGUCCUUUCCAAUUAUUUGUAGAUAUGAAGGGGAAAAGUUAAAUAAGAUUAUCAUUUUGGUGGAGAUGUAACGGUGGUGUACAAACUGCCCCCCACCCAAAUCCUCUUUAUUUGACUACGUGGCUAAGGUAAAAUGUGUAUCUUGUGUGACUGCAGUGGUUUUCAGAACGGUCAUCAAAGGGAGGGAGAAGGGAAUCAAAAAACGGCAAGCUUUCAAACCUGCAAAGUGUACAUAUAUGGUAGACCUGUGCGUUCGGGAUUUGGCCAAAUUGCGUUUCGACCAAAUUACUUGUGUACAACGCAUCAUAUGGGCGUGGUCAAACAUUCUGAGCCUCGCCCAUGGUACAAAAAAUAAAGAUGAUUGAUUGGCUGGGGCCUUGCCACUAUACCUUUAUUUUAUUCACAGAUCAAGUGAGAAGUGACCAAUAGAUGUAAAAAUGUGAAAUCGUGAAAAGGGGGGGGGGGGACUAUAUAAAAUUAAUGUAUAAAUUGAGACUUAUACAUUUUGUGAUUUUUUUUUUUUUUUUUUUUUUCAUGAUCUGUGAACAAAAUAGUGGGAAAAUGCUCCUAUCAGGGCACUGCAAAAUGUAUCCGUAAAAUUUAUAUAUUGUAUAUAUCGGCCCUUAUUGAGUUUUCUGAAUGUUCCUUCAAAUAGCUCACAGCAAUGAAACGACCAGUAAUGUCUUUUUAAACUACAAUAAAUGUGUCACAUAAAUGAAUAUCAGUAGGUCCUCAAUACACCUAAUAUAUUCUGCUAUAUCCCACCUCUGGUUAAACGUACAGUCAUAUCACCUACAUUUGAAGGGAACUUUAAGGCACCAUGGCAACUUCAUCUGAAAAAGUUAUGGUGCUGAGAGGACCAUUACGCCAGCUAAACUUUAAAAAUGUUAAUGGAUGGUUUAACACCAAAGUCUUGAAUUCAGUGCUGUUUAGCUCCACCCCCUCCACUUCAGUUUCUCUCCGAUUCUCUGACAGGGGAGCGGAUAGGUCAAUCCGUAGCCCCCAUUCACAAAGCGGCUUGAGAAAAAGCGCUGUUUUUGAAUUGAGAGGUUCUAAUUGGCUCAAUUGAGAGAUACUGAUUGGCUGAAGUCAAUCUAUGGCACCGCUGUCAAAGUCUUCCUGUUCAUAUCCAAGAGAAGCAGAUGAGGAGGGGGCACUGGAUUUGAGACUUUUGGGUUAAACCGUUAAUUAAAGAUUUAAUCAUUAAAGGUAGACUGGCGCCAGGGACCUCCUGGCACCAUGACCACUUUAUUCAGAGGAAGUUAUUGUGCCUGGAGUGUUCCUUUAAAUUCUUUCUUUUUGGCUGCUGCUAAUUUUGGGACGGAUUCCAUUAAUUCUCCAGAUAAUUGUCUAUUUGCAGUAUUCUUAUUUAUUUUCAAUCUGUUUAUUCCAAAACACAAACUAGCAAUACCAUUUUCAGAUCUGAGAUCGCUUUAGUAGAAAAUCUAAGAAACCCUUAAUAUUUAUAUAUAAUACCAGUAACAAAAUGACAUAUUUUUAAUCCAAAAAUGUUACAUUUUGAAAGAUAAGUACAUGUAUGCAAUCCUGUUAGGGAAUGUUUUAUUACAAUAGAAACCAAGCACAAAUAUACCGCAAGGUGCCCCUGUGUGUGGCAAUAGUGAUAUCGAAUACUGAUAACCGUUAUCAGUGAUUCCAAUUUUGCUCAACCUGAAUGCUUAUUAAUUUUAAUUUUUUUAUUACAUUUUUUUUUUUUACCAUGGAAUUUUGUAAAAUGUUAUGGCAUAAAAUAUAUGCUGAAAAACUUAAUUUUUCUUGAGCUCUACCAUUUAAUAAAAAACAACUUAUCAAAUAUCUAUUUGAGCCUGGACUAGAAAUUGGUUUGGCAGUAAUAAAAUGCUGUCCGAUGUAGUCCGACACGAGAGCCUUGUUUCAAUGAGUUAUCUGUGUUAGAAUGAUGUAAAAAGUAAUGUAUAUAAUUGCAUGCUUUAUAAAGCAAAUCCAUUCCUUCGUGCAGUUUUGUCCCAAUUAAACUCAUGGCACGUGCAGCUAUGUUAAACUGAGCCUUCUCCUGCAGGCCGUGAACAUCGCAUUCACCCAGCUCUGUAACAAAUUAUGCUCUACCUGAUUCCAAAGGUAAUUAAACAUUGUUGAAUCUGUGUCCGGUAUCUGUUCUUUACCAGCUAUAGUUUAGUUACCAGCUCCCCCGUGGGUGCCGAGGGGAAAAUGAGACUGGAUGGAUAAUGAAUGUGUGUUGGGUCCCUCUGAUUAAAUAAGAGUGGGACGAUAUUAAAAUUAAUCAUCUGGCUCCAGUUUUGACCCCAGGAGGAUGGAUUGUAACUAACAGUAUGUGAGGCUGAGAUGUAUCCUCGAACCAGCAGAUGAACAUCCAGGGUCGGAUUUACCUUCUAUGUUGUAGCAAGGCCAGUCUCCUCAAUGCUCCCUAUUUCAUAUAUUUCUAAAUUUAUCUCUGGCCAGUCACUGAUGAGCAAAAAAUAUGACAUUUAACAAACUGGCUGGUUGUCUGUAGACAGAGCAGAAAAUUGUGCUAGUGGGGACGUUCUUGAACAUGUUACAUAUGUCUCUAAAACGAGGGGUUAAAGAAUGUUUAUGUGAAUUCACCUACAGACCUUUUCGCACUGGCGGUUCUAGGGCCAGGUCUCCAGUUUAGUAUUAUUUUUUUCUAUUUUUAAAAUUAAUAUAACCUCUUGUUCCUGGAAGAUGAACUGGUUACUAGGAUGAUUUUGUUUGGUCGUUUGUAAUGAGCCAUAGAAGGGAAAUAGAUCAUUUGUAUGCCUUGGUCAAACACAUAACGAGUGUGAAAUUACUAACAUGACCAAGCUGGCAGGGCCAGGGCGUCUAGGCUUCAACAGAUUGAAACUGGGAAACUGGAGAAUUUACUGUGGCUGGCUUGUCUCAUCCGAGGAGGACAUUUAGUUUCUUUUUUUUGAUCUUGAAAUAGAUGAAUAGCUUGCUCGCUCCAUGCCUCAGUAGUUCUCUAAAUUAGACCUCUCUUCUGGAGGAGGAACGAACGCCUAUCACCAGGAGCAGAUGGGAGAGCAGGGUAUGUUGCUAGGUUAUUGUUGACACUCAAUGAGUACACUGAAGUAGCUGCAGAUGCUGUGAUGGGUCCUGGGCUAGUGACGGAGGCCUCUGACCAUCUGCUUUUAAGCCCCUACAAAGCGCAUGAGAAUUUUAACAAUACAGUCACUCAUGUCUCUUCUUUCUGGGUUGUAAUAGGUGUGACCCACCAAAUCCAGCUGUAACACAGGGCAGAUCUGUGUGACAAUAGCUCCCCACAACACUGACACAUGCUCUAUGGCAACAAUUCAAAGCUAUCUUUUAUACCACAACACACUGUAGGAGCCAUUUUCUGAACGGCUUUGACCUGUGACCUUUUUAACCUCCUCUUUAGGCUGAAUGAACGAUUCGGUGGUGGGCUGCUGUGGGUUCUGUUGAGUGACGCAAUGAAUGCAGUAGAUGGGCAGCGAUGGGCUGGGAGUGCGCACAGCUGAUGAGAUUAAGAUUACUAGAGGGACAAAUUGCACUCGAGUGAACAGGUGUCACUGACUUGUCUCAGUCGCUCAUAAAACACAUUUAUUAACUACUUAUUACCCAGAAGGCUCCAGUGGCCCACAUUCUGUGUGUUUUAUAAAGACGUAUUAGAAGAUCUAUCAUGUACACAUGGUAUCAUUAGAACACAUAGUGAUAAUAUAAACAUUUUAUUAUGCUUAUUGAGAUGUUUUGUUUUUUUUGUUGAGUUGUUUUUUUGUUUUUUGUUUUUUUUACUUAUUAUAAUAUUGGUGUGUGUAUAGAUGUCAAUGGCCAAUUCACUAUCGGGGUGAAUUCAAAGUCAAUUGCAAAUUAAGGGCCAAAGUCCCUGAACUGAACGUGUAUUUUUAAAAAAUUUUUAUUAAUGUAGAAAUAUUUUGUAUUUUGUUGCAGCUUUGGAAGAGUGUAGAUGGAGAAGAAUAUGAAGCAGAAGGUAAGCAAAGUCAUGGAAGAACUAAAUACGUAGUAAAGACUGUAAAUGCAGCGCAGUCUCUGGGGUCCGAGAAAUAAAAGGUUAAGUAGAUCCCAUAACUCGUGGACAAGCUAUUGUGAACUUCGUAAAACAUGGCGAGUGAUUACAUUGUAGUUAUACCAAAUCCAGCAUAUAUACUUCAGGGUUACAGGCUUAUUGCAGCAGAACUUUCAAACUGAUUUUCUGAAUCGUAUGUCUAUAAAUGCAGCUGUGAUCUCACCGCUGAGACCAGGUAGCAUUACCGAUAGUCUCCAAACACCGUUUUUCUGAGUUACUGUAGGCAAGGAAGCCAAUGUGUUUGGAUUGCACAAGGCUGAUGGGUAGGGCUGGAAAAUUCCACUGGGGUUUAUCUAGAUAAGGAGAUUAACGCGUGAGGUUGGGACUAGACAUCCCACAUCACGUUCAGCAGAACUCUCCUGCAUCCUUGCAGUGCUAACCAGCCCGACACGACAUAGAAAUUGAAUACAGGAUUCCUUUCACAAAAAAAUCCCAUUACUUAUCUGAGCCAUGGCGGCUGUUAUUAAAGAUGUCUGCCAAUGGCUUGUAAAGCCACAUGCUUCCAUUUGCUUUCCUAUCGGUUAUUUUUGUAUUCCAACCUAGCUCAAUCCAAUGGCACCACACUUUGAAGCAUUUAAUAUAUUCAUCCCCCCCCAUUCUCUUAAGACUUAUUUCCCUAUUUAUACUUUUUAUUUUGUGAGUAAAAAUAUCCUUUAAAGGAAAAACAAAACUGAUGCUAGUCUAGAAAACGAAGUCAGUUGUGCUGGUGAAAAUCCAGAUAGCAGGUGGUAAAAAUUUUAGUUUUUUCUUUCCCUCCUGUGUCUUGUCAGGCUGGUGGAGACACAUUAAGUAACAGACUUGGUAAAUCUAAUGCGUAAGGUGUAAUACCUUAAUAAAAUACACGGCAUCCAGCCAGCAGCCAUUGACUGUGUCCGUUAGAGGAGCAUAAUACAGGCAGGGAUCAGUCUCCAUGCAGCGCUGGUUAUUUUGUUACAAUAAUACUAUAAGGAGAUUAACUUUUCAAGUGUGCUCUGUUUGUAAGUGUCAUGUGUUGCCUGGAUAUAAAAGUAAUUACCUGGGCAGACUCGCUCUCUCUGUGACUUGUGGGAUAUCAAUUUCUAACUGAAUAUAGAAUACAAAAGAUUUCAUCCUGAUAAUCCAGACUUUAUGGCAAGUACAUGUUUUGGUGUUCUCUAAAUCAAAAAAUAUUUAAAUUUGACAAUAGAUUUGUACAUUUUGGUCUAAAAACUGAAAUAAGACCCUUGUUCACUAUUUUUCUAUCUCUGACAUUUUGGUCUAAAAUCUACAAUUCACUUGUCAGUUCUGUAUAUUUCCCAGUUCAGUAAAUUAUCCUGCCAGGGUUAUUUACUAUGUGAGAAUUCAAAGUGAAUUUCCAAUGUAGGCCCAAAUAGCCAAAUUGAGUAUAGAAUUGACGUAGAGAUUUUUUUGGCCUAACGUUUGAAAUCCACUUUGAAUUCCCUGAAGAUAUCACUUUAGUGAACAAGCUGGUGUAUGAACAAGACUUCACUAGAAGCUUAGUAAAUGGGACGUUAUUUACAAAUCUAUACAUUCAGUACUAAACUAUAGACCACUGGACUCGGCGGCAGUUUUCGUUCGAGUACUUUUGUGUUGUUUACUGUAACUUUGCUUUGCUCUGUUUGUUGUGCACUCCUAAGUGAUAUGCAUGUGUUUUUUCAUCAGGUCAGUUACGAUUCUGGAACCCUGAUGACCUCAAUGCCUCGCAGAAUGUCCUGUCUCCAGCGCAAGACUGGGUGGAGGAGAAGUUGCAGUUGGUUUGUGAAGACCUUGGGAUUAGCAGAGAUGGUCACUUAAACCGCAAGAAGCUCGUCUCUAUUUGUGAGCAGUAUGGCUUCCAGAAUAUAGACAAAGAGGUAACAUGGCCAAACAAAUCUCUCUGUGUAACAGCUGAUAUGUAGCUUCGAGAGUUAUCUAGAAAUAUUCUAGAGUAUAAAGUAAGUUCUCAGAACUGCGAUCUGCUCUCUGUAGUCCCUUGUUAUUUAACACAAUGUGCUUGUUGUUCAUUAUCUAGCUGUUCACAAGACUUCCAAACCUUGGGUUUAGUUUAUAUUUGGCAGAGUUAUUGUAUGGUAGAGGUAGGAACAGUCCCUCCAACAUAAAUUCCCAUGGAAGAAUAAAUAUAAUGGUAAAGAUGAGUUGGCAAAAGGCAGGUAUGUUGAUGCAAAAUAAAGGAUUUUCAUAGUUCUGCAGGAAUUCAGCUGAUGGUUUAAGGGUUUUUAAACCAGAUAUAAACGCAUUUUAAUGUUUUGAAAAAAACCAAAAAAAAACACAUUUUUGCAAUGGGUAAGUUACAGGACUAUAACAAUGAAAGAAGUGGUCAGUUGUGUCACCCAGUUCUAAAACCUCCUCUGGCUUUAGCCGAUAUCAAAACGUGAUAACCAUUACCUCAAGACUGCGUCUAAGGCCAGUCCUCAAUACCAUCCUUUAACCCCCUGCUGUAAUAUAUCCUUCACCCCAGUCCUGUAAUAUAUCCAGAAUUGUAUUCCACCCUACUCCACCUUGUGUCUCUCCCAAUAUUCCUGAUAAGACCCCUUUCAUCUCUCUCUGCCUAUCUCCCUAAACCUUCUUUGUCUCUCUCCUCAUCUCCCCUAAGCCCUACUACUCAUCACCCAUCCGUACUGUUGUUGAUGGGAACGUGCUUAAGCGACACGGUUUUGGUUAAUAUCAUAUGAUGAAAACAACCGUAUUCCAUCGUGGGAUAAAGAACUCUAUGUUCUUUUAAUGGCAAGGUGGAUUUUAUACUCCAUUUAAACACGGUUGGUGUAAAGUCAUGCCUGGAGUUUAGUUUUUAGAGAGCUUUAUUUCCAGGCAAAUUAUGUGAUCUUUAUGCCGCAAAGUGCUUUGAACAUGUAAAAAUAAUCUUAGGAGCCUAUCCUCAUGCAUUGCCUGAUAUAAGGAUGUAUUGAUCUUUUCAUAUGGAAUUUCCAUUACAAAGAAUGACUGUUCUAGCUAAGAAUUAGUAAGGUUAGUGGUAGAUGGUAUAUUAUGUUGUUUACUGAAUUACAGUAUAGCAGCAUAGAGCAUUGUAUGAUGUCUGCAUAUUCUUUUUUGUUUAUUGCUCACCACCGCCCCCUAGUGAGGAGACCUUUCCUUGUAGAUGAUCUUUUGUUGGGAACAGAAUUGAAUUUGUCUGGGCUUAACAUGAUUACAUUGAAAUUUCGCAUAAAUUCUAAAAUAUUUCUAACCAAGUGCCCUUAUAUCUGCAAACAAAUAUACAGUUUCUACAAGCUUUCCCAAUUUAAGGACAAUGUUAACCCUGAUUUUUAUAUAGCUGUAUUCCACUGUAAGUGGGUCAAUUCCUAGACUCUUUCUCCACCUGUUGUGCAACUUCCAUUUCAGUGGCAUUCUAAAAAAAUUCAAGUUGUUCCUUCUAAUGUAAUGUUACAGGCCCUAGAAGAUGUCUUUCAAAACAUAGACCAAGAUGACACCAUGAGCCUCCAGGAGUUCAUCAGCAAAGUGUGCAAAAAUACCAAACCUUUAACCCCUUCUUCCUCUACCCCAUACCGACACUUGAAGAGGCACCUUUCUAUGCCGGUAAGGUAUAAAGAUACUUAUGAACUAACCAUUAUGGUUAAAUCCAUGGAAUUUAUUAAUUUCUGUUGAAAUUUGGUGCUGAAUCUAGAAUGUGUUGGGUGCAUUCCCCAUGCACUUCAUACAGUAAUGGGUGCACUGGGAAACCAGGUUCUCUGCAUAUAUAAUUUAAUCUACUGAAUCAGUAAAACCAUAUAAUUCAACACUUGGCACAUUAGUUGCUACCAUUAUAUUUGUUUAAAAAGUGGGGUUCUUAGACCCUUAAAUGCAAUUCAAUGUGAUAUUUAUUACUUUGAAUUCGUUUUGAUAAUAGAAAAUUGAAUUUGUGAAAUUUUCCUCGAAACGACCCUAUUGGUGAAGAUCCGUCAUUGUCUGUUUUUGUCUGUAAUUUUUAUUAUUUAUUAUUUUUAUUAUUAAAAAGCACUCUAUAUCCUUGUUCUUUGUAAACUAUGUGGUAUAAUCCAACAAUAAGAAAGAAUCUGAUGAUUUAUCUUUGAAAUUUAGUAUUUUCUCUGUUUAAUUAAAGUCCUAUGAUGAAAGUGGAAGGCGAACUCUUACACCCUCGACCAUGACUGGAUCAAUUGGUUUCCGCCUGUUCUCCAAGCUUGAUGAUGGGACUGGGUAUGGCUCCGUGGAAGAUAUUAUCGAUCUGUGGCAUGAAGAUGGUGUGGAGAACAGCCACGCAAUCCUCAAGGUACAGUGUCUGUAUAUAUUCAUUCAAUUAUAGACUGUAUCUUGUCCUCUGAGACCACUCUCUUUUAAUGCUCAUUUUUGAAAUGAUCAUUUACAGUGUUCUGAUCAAAUUAUCAUCUGACAUGAAGGACAGUGGGUGCCAUGUCCACAUUGGAUGCUAAAAUAAUCCCAUCUUACUGAAACUGACAAAGGCAUUGCUCCUUUAGUCUAUUCUUCCAUAUUUUCUCUGAAACGUUCAGCUUAUUUUGUGAUUUAUAUUGAUAAUUAAUAGAAUUAAUACAGAAAUUGCACACCUGGGCAUAAAAAUAAAUAGAACGUUUAUAUUAGGGGGAAAAAUGUCAAAUGCAGGUUUUCUGAAGUGGUGUCUAUAAAAUGCCACUUAAUAUGUAGAUUUUAUUGUACCAUUAAUCCUUGCUUGAUUCCAUACAAUAUUAUCAGAAUCCUGCUGUGUCCUCCUGGGUAAGAAUGCACUAAGCUCAGAUUUGGAGGUGGAAUCUCUCUUGUGGAACGUGUAGAGAAUAACACCGUGCAUGGUAAUCACCAGCUUGAUUUUGCUACAUGCACGAAUAAUUCUAUAUUCAUGACAAGAAGCAAUGAUGAGCCCCAUUAGCAUAUGGCACCGCCAUUAAUCUCUCUGUGCGUCAGAAGCAUAAAGUCAUAAAAGCAAUUUCAUAAUCUUUCAUUUAUAAAGUGUUAAUUCUACCUUAACGAAUCUACAGUAUGUUAAUGAAACUGAAUAAUGUACUCUAGGAAAGCAUGUAAUUGUUUUUUUUGAAAUAUGCACAAAUUCGUUCGUCCAAGAGUUUGAGAUGUGAAAAGCCUCUUCUGUAUGUACGUUACACAGAGAUAAGCAGGUGUACACCUAAGUACCAAUCUCUCUGUUGUCUUUUUACUAUUAUACUUGAUUUUGGUAUGUUCUAAUGAAAAAAAUUACAUAGAUGGCUGCACAUGUGCACUUUCCUUUUUUUGUAUUUAUUUUUUUUAUGUUCUAAUAUUCACCAUGUUGGAGCCACAUCCUAGCUUGGCGCCUGACCUGGGUGUUCAAUUCUGUUGUAAUGUCCUCUGUGUAUACUUCAGUGUUUGAGUUCUCUCUUAAGUAGAUCUGGUGGAUGCAAUCAGUUGUUGUCACUUAUUCUGCCUCUCACAUGCACCAUGUUUUGCAGGCUCUGGACUUUAAUUUGGAAGGGAAAAUCAAUCUCACUGAGCUAACUAUGACUCUGGAAAAUGAGCUUCUGAUGACCAAGAAUGAAGUGUACCAGGCAGCCUUGACCAGCUUCCGUUCUGAGAUCCGCCACCUGCUGUAAGCCCAUGUCCUGUUCUAUUUGUUCUAAGCCUGGGGUACGAAAUUUAUGGCAGUCCAGAUCCUCUUACAGCCAACUCCUGGACGAGCCACUAGUUUUACCAGUCUUUAUAGUUGGGUCAUCUACAAAAAGUUGGCGGUCAUUCAGUGAUCAACUCUGGUAUAUACUAUAUUUUGACGGAGAACAGAAAUUGAAUCCAAACCUCUUAAGCCACUUUACAUUGUAAUUUCUUAUUAAUCCAGGAUUUUCCAUCUCUGCACCUCCCCUCUCACUUUAAUUUUUGUUUCAACCAAUUCAAUUAAUCACCCUUGGUUUGUGAGGUCCACAAAACGUUUUGAUAUUCUUGGGCAUCCACAUGAUGGGACAAGAGGAGGUGCUUGGAUCAUUUUACUCAAUUUUAUUAAUUCAACAGUUCUGAGAGUCUGUUCCUCAAUGAAUGUUCCCAUAGCUCAUUGGUUCGUUUGAGACCCACCAAUCAUGUUGUCCUUUGAAAUGCAAACGUUGCCUCUAGCAUGAAAUAGCGAUACACAUAUACUUUCAAUACUGUUCGAUAUGUAAGAAUACUCUUAGCAGGGAGCGCAUUCUGUUUAUGUAGUGUAUAGUGUGUAAGAAAUAAAACUGGGAUGAGAUGUUUAUUUGUAUUCAAAUACUUUGUUAAUGGAUAAAGCUGCUGGCUUUUACUUUGUUUUAGAUUCCGUGCAGGGAAUGUUUUUCCAAGUAAACAUAUAAUAUAGGUUUACAUUAAAUAUACCUCAUUUUGUUAUCCACCUAUUUACAUUCCUUCCUUAAUAGGGAAAGUGCGGAACAAGCUGCCAGAGAAAAAGAAAAGUUGCGUUCAGAUUUGGAGAGAAAUGAAAGGUUUAAAAGCCUGAUGGCAUCGGAGGUAGAUGAUCAUCAUGCGGCAAUUGAGCGUCGAAAUGAAUACAAUCUUCGGUACGUUCAGUAGUUUACAAGAUGGAACUUUAUCGUUGUUUGUGACAUUCCAUGGUAACACAGACACUGGUAACUUUUGGUCCCACAUCCACUGUGGACUACAUAUAUUAUAAUAUUUGGCCAUAUUCUAUGGCUUCCAUUUGGUUUAACUGUUGAGAAGGGCUGAUUUUUAUUGCUUGAUUUACUGCAGGAAAGCUAGAGUGUUCGGGUGCAAUAUUCCUUAGACACUUCUGGCCAGGGUAAAGUUUAAUUUGUUGAAAGAUCGGCUGUGACAUUUUAUCAAAUUUAGCUGAAAAUCACUUCACUAAUUUUAUUAUUGUAUUACCAAGUAAUACACGUUCAUAGAUUUUGAAAAGUGCAAUAAAAACUAGCACUAGCAAAUAACAGCAUUUUGGCCAACAUUUGUAUUCUCUGAGUUACUAAAACGGAGGAUCUCUUCUCCUAUAGUCACUCAAUAAUGUUCAUUAAAUUAGUCAUAAGCUGUGUUAAUUCCUAAUAUUUUAGGCCAUGAUCAGCUGAACUGAAAAAUUAACCUGGAAUAUUGUUGGCAAUUUUAACUUAAAAAUUUUGAAUUCACUUUGAACUCCUGUCAAUUGAUAUUUUCUUGAAUAACUCUGAACAUAAAAGUAAUGUUGUGUUCAUUAAAAUGCCAAUUACUUUGAAAUUCACAGUAUGUAUUUGAAAUUAUUGGGAUAUGAAUAGUUUUAGUGGUCCAUGUUCUAUCAACAUGUUCCCACAAAACAACUGUUCAACUCCUAAACUUGCUGUUGCUGCUCUGACCAUGGCAUGGAGGUAGGUCCUCUGAGUGGUCACGGUUGAGUUUAUCCUCCUAACUAUCUAUUGGCUGUGUCCACUUUUCUCCUAAUAGUAAGCUUGAUGACGAAUAUAAGGAGAGAACCUCCAUCUUGAGAAAUGAACUGAGAAAGGAGAGAGAGCAAAUCCUCCAGCAAACCAGCCGGCAGCGACAGGAACUGGAGCAAGAACUAGACAAGGUGAAAACUGAAGAGAAUAUCCUUCGAGAUCGUCUGAUGUUAUCUUUAAAGGUGAGUGAGUUGAAGAAGUUGUACUGGGGCAGGGGAGAGGUGGAAUGGGAAUAGCAUAUACAUUUAUCGUCACCUAUAAGAUCCCUUUGUAAUGGUGUAUCUCUUAUGCCUAUAUAAUCUUUCCUUUGCUUCCCUUUUAUUUUUAUAUUUUUAUUUUUUGCAUGUUACUUUCUUGCUUUUUUCCUGAAAAAAGGGUGGCACAUUAAAUCACUUGAAUUUUUUUUUAAUUUUUUUUUCUGUUCCAUUUAAAAGUGCUUGUCAUGUGGUUGUAACUGGUGGUUAGGUGGCAUCUUGGGUGCAACUAAAUAAUGCUGCGGCAGUUGGUCUAGACUUCAUUAGCAUGGUCAGUACUGAGCCCUGACGGAUGAUGGAAAGCCUGAUGCUAGACCUACUGUACUUGCCAAAACUUGCAUUUUGAACUCUUGUCAAUAAACCGUUUUCAGGAGAGCAGCCGCUUAGAGAAUGAGUUACUGGAAACCUCAGAGAAGCUACUUGAAUAUGAAACUCUUGCAUGUAAACUUCAGAAAAGCCUGGAUAAUAUACUGCGGGAAAAGGUUGGUGGAAAAGUUUGUACCGUAGUGUAAACAACUUUUAGAAAGGCUGAACUUGAAGGACAUAUGUCUUUUUUUAAAUUUUUUUUUAACCAAUAUGUGUAACCUUUACUUCUCCAAUGCUCGUUCGUAAAAUUGUCAAAUUUUUUGAAUUUUUACAAAAUCUUCUGUAGUAAGUGUGAUAAUGUGAAUACUGUGGAAAGCUGGAAUUUGACAUAGCAUCUUGGCACCAGAUAGCCAGUGACAAUACAACCACCCAUGUCCUUCCCUUAAUCUGCCCUCUCUCCCACUCCGACGGGGGGAAUAAUGUCAAUAGGGGAUACUGAGCUGCAGGGAAAACUUGGCUUCUGCGCUGGAAUGGAGGUAUGUUUUAGCGGUUCUCUUUAUAUUUUUAAAGUUUUUUUUUUUUUUUUUUGAGUAACUCUUUAACAAAUGUAUAGAGCUGUAAAUGCAAAAUAAGCAAGACAUUUUAUAUUGGCAUAGAUGACCAGAUUUUGGUGCUAAUUGGGUUAUAUCUAGGAAAAAUAUAUAUAUAUAAUUUCCUUUGUCUCUAAGCCUAAACAUUGCAUCUGUUGGGCAGACUACAUGGGCUGAAUGGUUCUUACCUGCCGUCACAUUCUAUUUUUCCAUGUUACAGUUUGGUGACCUGGACCCAAGUUGUAUUGAGUUCUUUCGCCAAGAAGAGAAAUUGUCACAUAUGAGGAAUGAGUUUGAACGGCAGCGCAGGGUGAGUGAAAUGCGUGACAUUCUGACUCUUAAUCUUAUCCAUGGGAAUUUUUUUGUAUUUUUUAAUUUUAAUUUUUCAUUCAGGAGCUGCAAGAUCGGAUUGAUGAACUGCAACUGGAGCUUGAAGAGUAUCGAUUGCAGGGUGUUAGAGGAUUCCGGUCAUCCUUAAAGAAUUCCUUGUCUUUCGAAAUGGACAGCAAAAAUGUUGUGGAGUGUGACCAAGGUAACAAGUUAUUACAGUUAAAAAACACAUUGUUAUUGUCUCCCAUAUACUGUGUGUCAGCCUCCUUAAACUGGCAUGUUAAGCUGACCAAAAGAUUUAUUAUCAUUAUAUUUAUUUAAAGGGCAAUAAAUAUUUAUGGAGAUUGUGUGAAAGAACUGUUAAACUUGUUACCAUCAGAGAAUGUUUGCAAGCUUGGCUUUACUUGAAAUCUGUAUAGCAGGGCAAAAUGUCCACUAGCAAUUAACCUUAGAGAGUAAAAAGCUAGCCCCGAUGAGUGGAAAUUCAACCCUUGGAAAUGUUGACCCCCUCCCACUACCUUUUGAGGAUCCUAUGGGUUGUUUGAUAACAGCAGCUUACUGUAACAGUUUAUGUAAAUUCUCUGUGACUAGUUUUUACAUUUUGUACUAAAGGAUUAGAUUUUCAUCCAGAAUUGCAAAUGUAUAUUUUCUGACUUCCAUAACUGUAAAAACAACAAAUAUAGAUUCCACAAGUAGCUGUGUAAGGCACGUUCACCUCUAGUGAGUACUCGCAUACUACAAUAGCAAUGGCAAGAUAUCCCGUUACAGAACGUUUGCAGCAGCAAGCUACUUUAAGUCUGGGGUAGAAAUGUUGCAAAUGAAAUGUUGAGACCCUGUGUAUAGGACUGUGAUGAUCCUAAGCAGACAAUAAAAUAUAUCAAUUAUUAAUCAGACCAGUUUUAAUCUCAAAUUGUAAUUUGCAUAAAAAGUCUGCGAUAAUUAAAAAGUAAAGCCAAGGAAUUCUUGUAUCUGAACCACAAAUUUGAUAGUGGCUAUAGGACAUUUCCAUAGUCCUGCCCCUACAAUCUCUUCUGUCCGGCAAAGCUAGUGUACUGGCUUCUGGUGGGUAACCUCGCUCCUAAAGCUUGUCCUCUUUUCUCACUUAGGCAUAGGCGCAGAGGAGUGUCCACCUUUAAACAUGAGCAUAGAGGCGGAAAUGGCUAUUGAACAGAUGCGGGAGCAACAUCAAAGAGAAGUGGAGAACCUCACUGUGGAACUUGAAUCCAAAGUAAGAACUGCAUGUUUCUGUCAUAAAAGCCACUGCACAUUUACCUACAGAACUAUAAAAAAAAAAAUUUGGGGUGUAAUUAACAUUGCAUUAAAAAAAAUAACAAAAAAACCCAAAAGAUAUGAAAAGUAUCAAACCGUAACAAAGGUGAAUAAAAGAAACUUGGAAUACAAAAUGAAACCAAUACCAGCUCCUGCCUAAAAUACAUUCAAAUCUUUAAUGGCCAUGCAGCCAUAUUUGUAUUAUUUUAUAUACUUUUGAAAAGUCCUGCAGCCAUGGUGCCAAACUCUGGUUGUAAGAUACUCCAUUACCAAAACAUGGCAGAUUUCUCUCCAAUGUUCCCCUAUAACUAAUCUGGAAACUGUAUGGAUCAAUCGACUCAUUUGAAUUGUUAGUGCGCUAGGAGUGGGUUUAAUGAGAUUUUAUGCAGGUUUUUGGCCACAGCUAUCAUGAAUGGCAUUCUCCUCUGUUACGAAGGGAAAUACACAUUGUUCCACUUCAGUCAUUGUCCGGAGAAUGAGAGCUACAAUUUAUGUAUUCCUCCAGGUAACAUCUAGAGAUCAUUUUGUAUUUAUUUUCCUUCAAGUACACCAGCAGUUAUGUAUUGCAGUUUGAGAACAUUUUGACCCAUUGUGCAGUGAAAAGACUUUCCCAGAUCAGGUUUUUAGUUUUCUGUGAAAUAUAUUUUAUUUUGGCAUAAAACCUGUUAUUGUAUUGCCCACUCUAUUCAUUCAUUCACUUCUAUAGCACUUCUUAACUUGGGCGUAUUACAAAGUUUAGCUAUUAAUGACAGGUAGCAUUUCAGCUGAGGGAUAUUUUAUUACACAAACUAGAAUAAUCAAGAACCUACUCUUUCAUAAAUACAUACCCCUCCCCACAACUGCUAUAUUCUAGCUUUACAUGGGGUCAGUGUGUGUUGAUAUUUAUAAUGCACUGUUUAUUUCAGGUGAUCCACUAUGAAGAGCAAGUGAAAGAAAUUAAAUGUUCAUAUGAGAGAGAAAAAGAAAUUGUUCAACAAAAAUACCAAAAAGAGGCUCAAAUAACUGAAGAGCAAAUAAGACUCCUUAAAUCGAGACACGUAGAGCUUGAAGCGGACAUAGUCAAAUUAAAAGAAGAGAAGCAAAUGGCAAUAUCUAAACACAAGCAGGAGCUUAGCCAUAUUGAAACAGACUUUAAUAACCAAAGGGUCCAACUAGUCGAGCGGGAGACAGUCCUUCAAGUGCAGCUCGAAGAGGUCCAAAGGGCUUUCUACAAAGAAAAAGAGAUUUUGGUACAAAAAGCAUUGGAACUAGAAAGGAAUUUGGAAAUGAAGAUGGCGGAAAUGGUGAGAAAUUUUGAGAAGGAGAAGGAUCAUCUGGAGCACACAUUUAAGGAGCAAAUAUCCAGUUAUCAAGAAAGACUUGACCUUGAAAAAAAUGACCUCAAGACAAGGCUGCUGGAAAAACAUCAGAUGGAACUUCAGGAAGAAAGGUAAGUGAAUUAUCCUUCUAAACGCAAAAGAUAAAAAUUGAUAAUUUCUCAAUUCAGGGGACAUUUGCUGUGAGUCUUUACACCCCCCUCCCUCCUUGCAAGUUUAUGCUUCCAAACUUCUCUUGGAAGUUAAUAAGAAAGUCACUCGACAACUCUCUGACAACAGUAAAUUCACCAAACACUCAAUCUUACAAGCUAUGAUAUCUAGAUAACUGGAGGAAAGGGUACCAUGCGACCCGGUGUGUGAAAAUGAUUUCUCAUAUUCUGUGUUACAAAUUUUAUGCAUAAAUUAAACCUAUACCUGGUUAUGUUUAUACAUUUAAUAAUAUAAUUUUGGUUUAUUUAAAAAAAAAAAAAAAAAAAAGUCCCACAAAAUAUGAAGUUCCCCAACUAGAAGAUUUAUAACUGACAUCUCAUAUUAACAAAUCCCAAUGUAACUAUACUAAUUAUAACCGGCAACCCACAAAACCAUUCUAGAUUUAUUGACUUGAGACAAAAAAUUCUUCCAGAUACAAGCUGCUACUUAUACAUGUUACGUUAAGCUGUACCCCUUCUAUCCACAGUUGUAACUUCUGCUGGUUAAUAGUAGCUAAUCAAUUGCUCAUUUUCACCAUUUUCUGCCUUGUGCUAUUUAAAUUAUUGUCACGAACUGCAGCAUUAUCUUCACAUUUGUAGCCACUCCACAGUUAUCCUUCUCACGUUCAUCCAUGUUUUUUUUACCACAUGUUGGAUUUUAGCACUAGUCCGGUUUAUCCCGUGAUUUAUUAGAACAUUUAUUAGGUGACAGUGGUGUCACUGACUCAAAGUGACAAUUCAGCAUUUUGUAUUAGUUCUUUUGUGUUUUGUGUAAUUUUUAUACAACAAAACAUUUUAAAUUGUUUUGCUUGUAUAUAUGUAAGACAGAAAAAUGUGAAAUAUCACAAAAACAAAGCCCAAGGUAAAGAAAUGGAAGGGGAAUGAAAACUAUGGUGUUUUGUAGACUUCUCCUCCUCUGUGCAUCUUCUGUUCAAUGAUUGUGAUUUUAAUGCCUGCUGCCUUCUGAUUGAGUGAACACUGCACAAAGACAAUCACAUUAAAGCUUUGUGCUCAAAUAUAAAAAUAGUAAAAGGAAAUAUACCUUGUCUUGAGUAGAAUCUCCUACUUCUGGGUCUCUUGAUGGCAAAUUAAAAAAAAAAAAUCCAGACCUCCUGCGGUGUUACAGUAACUGAAGUUAAGUGAUCUUAUUCUUAACAUUUUUUUUAAAGAAUUUCUAGAGUAACAAGAUACAUCAUACAAUCUUGAUUAAUACAAAAAAAAUUAAUAUACCAUUACAAAUUACAAGCUGUGCAAAUCAUAACUCGUGAACACACUAAUUUGAUCUGCUGUAUCUCGGCAGAAAUUAAUUUUUCACAGAAGGAAGUCUGGCUAGGUCUUUCUCUGGUUGAUUGAAAAAGAUUACUUAACAGAAGCUACUGUGGUGUCAUCGAGUCUUUUGUAACCUAUUGAUUUCGAAUGAACGUUUCCCUCCCCCCCCCUGCCCCCUGUUUAUCUGUUUAUUUGCCAGUCACAUUACCCGCUUGUGUCAUUGGAACUUAGUCUUAAAAUAGACUGUCUUUUUGCUGUGGCUCAAAUUAAAGUGAUUUACGUUUUUGUUUGUUUUAAAGGGAAUUUAGCAUGGCAACAUUUUUGCCUGUUCUUAAUUAUAGACCUACUGGAAAUGCUUGGACUAAUAAUUAUUUAGAACUGUGAAAUAAGUUGACACUUUAUCAAUUAAAUAAUUUGAAGUGUAUGCCCUUAAAAGCCAAUACUCAAAUAUUUGUGUGAUUGUACUAGACUAGAGUGUCCUUAAGUCAUCUCAACACAUUAACAGACCAUUCAGAAAUUAAGUUUUACCUACAGUCUACGGCAUUUGGCCUGCACCUACACAUUCUGGAAGGGGGUAAAGUUAAGCCUUUAAUGAGUAGCUGUUUAUUCUCCCUAGUUACUUUAUAUAUGCCCCUUUCAAAAAAAGUUUUUUUUUCUCGAAUUCUUGUAAAAUUUGUAUUCACUUUAUACAUGUUGUCUCUUUAAUCACUUAAGAACCAAACUUCUGGAAUAAAAGGGAAUCAUGACAUGUCACACAUGUUAUGUGUAUUUAAGGGGUUAAACUGUUCACUAUUUGUAUCAUUCACAGGUCACUUCAAUAUCAACAUCCAGAGUCCUAAGCUUCAGGGUAGACUGUGUAUUUUACAUACUAGAUGGUGCUUCUCUGGAAUGUAGUUUUCUUCUAAAAUGCAGUAUUGACUUUGAAUAUCCGACGGUGCAGGGUUUGAGACUUUAUCAUUUUAAUUACCACAAUUGCUAUUGUGUUUAAUAAUUGAACGUAUUGUACAGGUACGGCAUUUCCAGAAAAUCUAUUUUAAGAGCAGAGCAAUAUUUAAAUGCUAAUUUUGUCUGUCUUUGUAAUCUAUAAUAUAAUUCAAAGUAUCUACUUCAUGAUUCCUGCUUAUAGAAUGUUCCUGUUGAAAGAUUUUAGUAAUUUAAUAUAUUCGCCAUGUUUAGGGAAAAAAUGGAAACCGAGUAUAAUAGAAGACUAGUAGAAAAGGAAGAUCGAUUUGGCAUGGCGUGUGAGGCUGCGGCUAGGAAGCACAAGGAAGCUUUGGCAAGCCUUGAAGAAAAGUUUCAAAAUAAUCUUCAAGAGCUUGUUAGCCAACACACAGAAGAAAAAGCCAAGUGGCAACUGGAAAAGGAAGAGCUUAUUCAAGAGGAUGAGAAGGUACAAAGCGGGCUACAGAAAAUACUGGAGGAGAAGUCCACGGCGUGUUCUACUCUUGCAGAAGAAAAAGACCUUCUAGAGAAGAACUAUAUGGAGACGUUAAAUAAAUUAAUUACAGAAAGAGAUGACCUACAUAAAGCACUGGAAAAAUGUAAAGUUACUGCAAAAAAAGAAAAGCAAGCACUAUCUGGGAAAAUCACACAGCUAGAAAAUGACUUGAAGGAAGAGGUGACCGAGAAGGAUGAACAAAUAUGUAAUUUGGAGAAAAAUGUUCAGGUUUUAGAAGAAACUAUUGAAAAACUGGAACAAAAACUCCAAACAGAGAAAAAGGUGCUUGAGUCCAAACUCCUAGAGUCAGAAAUAAGUUAUAGAGAAGUUCGUGAGCUUGAAGACGGCAAGAAGAAGGAAAUGGUUCUAGAAGUAUCUGCACUCCAAAGCACCAUCAGUGGACUACAAAAUGAGAUUUCUAAUUUAUCAAAACGUAAGGAAGAUUUAAAGUUGUUGGAGAAGGAAAACGCAGACUUAAAAGUAGUCCUGUCUCGGCUUCAGGAUAAUUUGGUACACCUUGAAGAGGAAAGGAGUGUCUUAAGGAACCUGCAAAAUAUAUACGAGCACACGGUUAAGGAAAACGUGAGACUUAAUGCAGAGAUUUCCAGAUUACAGAAUAAACUGGACAUGAUGGAGCAAGACAUUAGCAAAGCGAUUGAGACAGCGGGAAAUCAAAUUGCAGAAGCACUGUCUGAGGAAGAGAGCCACAGUUUGAAGUCCUUAUUGGAAGAGCGAGCUGAGCUAUUACGUCAGUCCGAGAGAAAUGUUCAGAAUUUGCGUGACACCAUUGAAAAACUAGAACAAAAACAUAAAACUGAGAAAGAAGAACUUAAUUCUAGGCUCGUAAAGUCAGAAAUACAUUAUAGAGAACUGUGUGAGGCUGAAAAAAGUAAGAAGAAUGAGAUGCUUCGUGAAAUAUCCACACUUCAAAGCACUGUCGAUGACCUACAAAAUGAGAUCGCUACAAUGACAAAACUUCAGGGAGAUUUAAAUUUGUUGGUGAAAGAAAACUCAGACUUGAGAGUUGUUGUAUCUCAGCUUCAAAAUAAUUCUGUUUGUCAAAUGGAGGAAAGAGCUGUUCUAAUAAAUCAGCAAAACGGGCAUGAGCAAACGCUCAAAGAAAACUUGGAACUUAUUGCUGAGAUUUCUAGAUUUAAGAAGAAAUUGGAAAUCAUGGAAUGUGACACUAGCAAAGCCAGUGAGACAGAGGGAAGCCUACAACGGGAUCAUGUAGAAGGUAAAGAUUUGAAGGUCUUGUUGACGGAGAGGGCAGAAUUAUUAAUUCGGUCAGAGAGAACCGUUCAGAUGUUAAAGGAAACCAUUGAAAAACUGGAACAAAGACAUAAAACUGAAAAAGAGGAGCUUAAUUCCAGACUGGUAAAGUCAGAAAUCCUUUAUAAAGAAGUCUGUGAAUUAGAAAAAAACAAGAAGGAAGAGAUGGUUACUGAAAUAUCCAUUCUUCAAAGCACCAUCAGUGGACUGCAAAAUGAGAUUGCUUCAUUGUCAAAACUUCAGGGAGAUUUAAAGUCCUCACAGAAGGAAAAUUCGGACUUAAAAGCUGUUGUAUCUCAGCUUCAGGUAAAUACUGACCUCUCUCAAGAAGAAAAAAAUGUUCUAAGAAACCUGCAAAAUACACAUGAGCAGACCGUCAAAGAAAACGUGAGACUUAAUGCUGAAAUAUCUCGAUUACACAAAAAUAUAAACAUAAUGGAACAUAGUCUCAACAAAGCCAGUGAAUCAAAGGGAAACCCUGUUUUGUCUGAUGGAAUGAGCAAUAUCGAAGAUCCGAUGAAUGAGCAAAAUGUGGAAACUUUGGAGGAUGCAAACCUGAGGCUUCACUUCAAAACAAAAGAGCACAAAUGCACUAUGGAGAUAUUUAAAGACCUGGAAAAAUGUUACGAAGAUACCAAAACAGAGAAUGGACAUCUCAGGGCACAAGUUCUGCUUCUUCAAGAAGACCUAAAUCAUUUGUCCCUGGAAUAUGAUCUUUUUAAAAAAAUGAUGAACUCUGCAGAUUUUGAAUUCCCAGAGCUCGAAGAAAUGCACGUCACAAUUCCUGGGCUAAAAAUGUUGUUGUCUGUUGCUAAAAAAGAAAAUGUGCAUCUUCUAGAAAACCUAAAGGUGAUGGAAAGUAAAAAUAAGGAAGCUGUGGAAAACAAUAGGGAGCUUUCUUCUGAAGUUUCUUGGCUGCAAAAUGAAAUACAGAACAUGGAGGAGAUGGCUGAAGCUUCCCUUAAGCUUGAAAACCUGUAUGAAGACACUAAAAAUGAAAACCAGGAGCUUAAAGAGCUUGUUACUAAGCUCCAGGAAAAGAUCCAUGAUUUUAAAAGAAAACCAGACAUGAAGUCCGUAUUGGAUAAAGAAAUCCAAACGACUGAUUUAACCCCUCAAUUCAGUUUAGAGCACUAUGCUAAAAAUGCUGAAAUGCAUUCCCCAACAACUUUAAGUCCUCCGACAGUGUCUCCGUCAUUUAAUGUGGAAAAUUGUUUGACGCAUCAACAGCAUGAGCGGCCAAAAGACACCUUUCCAAUCCCGAAACAAGUCCGAAAAGAAGAGGGCAUAACUCAAACUUCAGAGAUCUUUAAAAGUGGCCGAAUGGAUUUAGCUGAAGAGUCUGGGUUGAUGAGAGGAGCACAUGAGCAACUUGUAUGUCAUAGAUGUUUGCAGACAGAGAAGGAGCAAGAUCUUGUAGAUCCUGAACAAAUCAGUGAGAUGAUGAAGAACAUUGACGUUCUGAGGUAAUGUCCAUAUGUAGCCAUCUGUUGGCAUGAAACUUAUCAAGAAUCUAUCUACCUAACAUCCUAUAUCUAACAUCCUAUACUGACUGGAGGAGAAUCCCAAUGUAACAACCUUAAACUUUUCUACAAUGGCUUUAUUUCUUGUCUUGGUAUCUUUUUACACCGCUCCUAAGCCGUUGAGGCACUUUCCUUUUCAGUUAUUCCUAGAAUCCUUUAAAUGAAAACCAUAACCUCUUGGUGUUUGCUAUAUCGUUCCUUGUGAGCCUUUAUUCCUCUGUUUUAACGUUUCUGCUCUUCCCGAGCUGCACAAACCUUCACCUGCUUUUAUUGCUUGACUAACAAUUCACCAAUGAUUCAAAAAUCAUAAAUGAUCACUGUACUAAUCACUGUUGAUAGGGAGAGGAUUGAUAUUGUGUAUUGAUAUCAGAAACUGAUGUAAAAGAUAUAAUUUAGUGAGUUACGAUUAACAUGUGUUUGUUGAUAUGCAAAUUGGCCAUAGUGUAAGUCAGUUGAUAAAAGGGUAACAAUGGGUGGACGCAUGACCAAUAAACCAUUCGCUGACCCAUCAGAAUAUUUAUAAAUCGUAUAUAUUAUCAAUCUAACCUUGUAUGCAAGUUAAUUCCAAUAUUUCACUGUUUAUUAGCAUAUGAGGGACUGUAUAUCCCACAAAAUGGGUAUGGUCACAGAAUUCGUAAUCUUCAUUACGAACUGUGUAUUUCUGUACAUUUUUACUACAGACAGUCUUAAAGGACCACAAUAGUGCCAAGAAAACAUACUCGUUUUCCUGGCACUAUAGUGCCCUGAGGGUGCCCCCACCCUCAGGGUCCCCCUCCGCUUGCGUGCUCUCACUGUGAUUUUCACAGUGAGAAUCACGCAAGCGCCUCUAGCGGCUAUCAAUGAGACAGCCACUAGAGGAAUUGGGGGAAGGCUUAACCCAUUCAUAAACAUAGCAGUUUCUCUGAAACUGCUAUGUUUAUAAAAGAAUGGGUUAAGCCUAGCUGGACCUGGCACCCAGACCACUUCAUUAAGCUGAAGUGGUCUGGGUGCCUAGAGUGGUCCUUUAACCGUGCAAUGUGAACAUUGCAGUUCCUCUAAAAUUGUUACGUUUUACAUUGCAGGGUUAAGGGGAUUUGGACACUGCACCCAGACCAAUUUAAUUAGAUGUAGACUGGGUGCCUAUAUUUUGUCAAUUUAAGAAGAUAAAUUGUUAAUGUCUGUGGAAACCUCGCUGGAGAAAAAUAAUCUCGUAGAAUUCAGUAUACAUGGCGAAUUUCACAUAAUACAAUGUGUGUACAUAUAGCAAGAGCUUGGGCAUUCAGCUAACCAGCAGAGACUGCAAAAGGUCUAUUGGUGCCUUUUGCAGCUCCUGCGAUUUGUAAAAGCUAUGUUUCUAAAGUAAUGGAUAGACCACAACCAUCAAGAUUAUCUCCAGUCAAUUACAUAAAAAACAUGGCUCUGAUUGAUGGCUAUGUAAACUAAGCUGUGAUAGUGUUCCAAACACUUUGUCUUUCUGAAAAGAUAUGUAAAUGUUAAGUUUUGCUUUAAAAUCUUCUUUCGCUAAUCAUUACGGAUUCUUCUUUCAAGAUGUGAGAAUAACGAACUGAAAGAGGAAAGAUCUGCAUUAAAAUAUGAAAUCGCCACUUUAGAAGAAGAAUGUGACAUCCAUAAUCAGAAAAUGACAGCACUACAGGAAGCUUGUGAAGAAAUGUGGUAAAUGGAUCAUUAACAUUCUAUUCUGUCAUUUUUUGUUUACCCCACCGAUGGCCAUAUCCUGCGCUUUCCAUUUUAAAGGGAUAUUCCAGUGCCAGGAAAACAUAUUAGUUUUCCUGGCACUGCAGGGCCCUACAGCGCCCCUCUCCCUCUCACCCCCAUCCCAAGUUCCUGAUUUAUAGGGGUCCAGCGCCGAUAUCCCUUGGCGCUGGGUCAGGUUCUGCCUAUUCUCCUCCCCCGCCGACGUCAGCCAGAAUGGGCGCGCACGCGCAUUAGCGUGAGGCACUCCAGCGUUGUAUAACACAGUUUUCGUGUUUAAAGAACACGGAAGUCCCUCUACUGGCUGUCUCAUAGACAGCCACUAGAGGAGCACUUAACCCUGCAAGGUAAUUAUUGCAGUUUAUAAAUAAUUACACUUGCCCGGUUAAGGGAGGUAGGAGUUGGCACCCAGACCACUCCAAUGGGCAGAAGUGGUCUGAGUGCCUGGCAUGUCCCUUUAAAUACGGUCAUUUUUCUAUUUAUUUCUUAAAUUGUAAAACUGCAGCGAAAGGCACAAGGGGAUGGAGGCAGAGAGACACAAAUGAGAGUUCCUGGUUUAUUUUUUUAUGCUUUUUUUUAUUAAAACCCAUACCUAGAUGUUUCCAUAUCCUCUGCUUAAAAAAAUCCCCCCAAAAAUAUAUCUAGCACGUGUCUGCACAGAAACCGUUAAGACCAUAGAGACUGUCUGUUUCCGAAUCCUGUCUGACUCAAGGUUUAUGUAUACAGCUGAAGGAUCCUGCCAUGGAAUAGAAUUUGUAUCAUUUGUUUUUACAUUAAAAUAAAAAAAAACUUAAAUCUAUUUCCUUUCAAUACUCGAUGAAAAGAUUAUUUUCAUAAAAUAUUUUAGAGGUGACCCUUGUCCUUUCAGUGGCGGAUCCAGAGCCUGAUCUCGGGAGGGACACUUGUAGAUUAUUUAAAGAAAUAAUCCAGGCACAAAAACCACUACAGCUCAGUGUAGUAUUUAUGGCGCCAGUAGUGCCAGGAUCCCAUCCCAGGGUAAGUAGUCAAACCGUUUAAGAACAGUUUGACAACUUACCUGGGGUCUGCUGGGAUAUAGGGCAUAGGAGCAGUGGUAUGCGUUAGGGGUGAAGUGUGUGUGAAAGGUGCAGUGUGAGGGCGGCAGUGUAUUUCAGGGUUGCAGUGUGUGUGUUAGGGGCAGUGUGUGUUAGGGGCAGUGUGUGUUAGGGGCAGUGUGUGUUAGGGGCAGUGUGUGUUAGGGGCAGUGUGUUUGUGUGUGGGGCAGUGUGUUUGUGUGUGGGGCAGUGUGUUUGUGUGUGGGGCAGUGUGUUUGUGUGUGCGGCAGUGUGUUUGUGUGUGCAGUGUGUGUAUGGGGGGCAGUGUUUGUGGGGCAGUGUGUGUAGUGUGUGUAUGGGUGUGUAUUGUGUGUAUGGGUGUGCAGUGUGUCUAGUGUGUGUAUGGGGGCAGUGUUUGUGGGGCAGUGUGUGUGUAUGGGGGCAGUGUUUGUAUGGGGAGGGGGAAGGAGGCUUUUUAAUAUUUAAUUUUUUUUUUAUUUAAUAAAAUAAAUAUAGAUUAUGUCCCCCCUCCCUUCUUACCUUUACUGGGAGGAGGGGGGACAUUUCACCAUCCCUGGUGGUCCAGUGGGAAUCCCUGGUGGUCCCAGUGGUGGUGAGGUGAACUCUAACCCGCGCUACAGGGCUAGAGUUCACUCUCGCGAGAUUUGGAGCGUUGCCGUGGUAACCACGGCAACGCUCCAUGCUUGCGAGAGGAGGACCCGGAGGAGCUACUGGUAAGAGCUCCCGGGUCUUCUCUCACUCCCUCCCUCCCCUGCCGGCUGCCAGCACAGUGCCUGCGGAUCGGGGAGGGAGAUCUCCCUCCCCAGUCCGCAGGCACAUUGCAGGGCUGGCACUUGGACAAUGCCAGCCCUGCAUUAGCCCCGUUGCCCACCCCCUGGAUCCGCCACUGUGUCCUUUAACGUAGUUCUGCAGAAAUAAAUGUGGGAUAACUUUGCCGGACAGUGGUGAAACCUUGAGACCUUAAACCAGACGUUGAGGUCAGAAUGUUGCUCACUAGUAACAUUGUGUUUGUACAUAAUCUUUUUAGUAUUUUACUGCUUUCUCAAACGCAUUCUUGUAUUUUUGUCUCUUAGGGUAAAUUUUGAGACUGUUCAAAAUGAGAAAAUCGCAGUCCAGAAUUUGGUCGAAACUUUAACCAAACAGGUGGGUUCUUCUUCUUCAAGAUUAGUACGUUCUAUAUAGCAUUCUCAUGAGUGUCUCCUUUUGGAAAAUUCAUGAAAGGACUCCAGAAAUGGACAACUUGGGAUCCAAAUAACACUGCAUCAAAAAGGCAGAAAAAAAAUGAUAUAUAUAAAAUUAUAAAUGUUUUAUGUUUUUUUUCACCACAUUUUUCCUUUAUUGAUUGGGUUGGUUUAUGUGUACGGAGGUUUGCUUAGGGUGCUCUAAUCUCUCCCCUUUACUGACUUGCAGGGUUUCAUUUCUCACGGUUAAGUUAGAUGUUUAAAUAUUCUGGCGGUAUGUAAGCACACUAGGCUUAAAAUUAAAUACCAUGCGGCACAAAACACGCUGUACAGCUGCCUUUUUUCUUGAUUUCUUAUACAUCAAGUUUGCUGUCUCACCAUUUUAUAAAUAUAUAUAUAUAUAUACACACACACACAUAUUUAAAUAAACAUUGUGUUUUAGUGAAUUAAUGAACUAUGGAUAAUUUUCCUUAAGAACACUUUUGCACCAUGAAUGAUAUUAGCGGGCGUAUCUACCCUUGUGCUUUAUCCUUUUGGUAAAGAAAACAGAUUUAUUCCACUUUAGAAAGAAUAUAUCACAACAAACCUUUGGUGUUUUAUCUCCAGUGCAGUUAAACAUAUAUUACUGUCUAGUCUUCUAUAUAGUCCCAGGUGAUACCUUCAAGAAGGUUUGAGAUAUGUAUAUAUGCGUGUAUGUAUGUGUGUGUGUGUGUGUGUGUAUAUAUAUAUAUAUAGAUAUAGAGAUAUAGAGAUAUAUAUAGAUAUAUAGAUAUAUAGAUAUAUAGAUAUAUAGAUAUAUAGAUAUAUAGAUAUAUAGAUAGAUAUUGGAUAUCAAGAAACAAUUCUGAAACUACAUAAUGGACAGUCUAAGUGAUCCAUUUAUUUUAACCUGUGUUUUAGAUGAUAAAAUAGUAUUUAUUUUCUAGGUAUCCGAACUAAAAAGCAAGAAUCAGCAGCUGGAUUCCCAAAAUUCUGAAUUGUACAUUAAGAAUACAAAGAAUCAAUCGGAUAUUCAUGAUCUGAAUAACAGACUGAGGGCUCUUCUUAAACACAAAGACAAGAGGGAGGCCAGGAGCAACGAAGAAUGGCAGAGAGAGAAGAAUUGUCUGAAAGAUGAGAUUGAAGGCUACAGGUCAAAGGUGGAAUUCACGUGCUAUUUGGUCACUAACUGGCAGAUCUAUCUAUACAGUAUCUAUCCAUCUCACAGCCACAUGCUCCUGUAAUAAAAAUAACUGAAAUAAUUUUCUUUUAUUCCAAGGUGUCGGAUUCAGAAAAAGAACUGUCGAAAGUCCAGUCACAUAAUCACAUUUUGGAGCAAGAAAUUAUCCAUCUUAAACAAGAGAUCGAUGCUAAACAGGUAAAAUAUAUAUGAAAUCUCUUGGUUGGUUUGUCAAUGUCCGUUGUAUAUAAAACGUUUCCAGCUCACAACCAAUGUAUCAUUUUAACUUUGGGUGCUUUCAUUGCCAAUUUGGUGCUGGUCCCCGCAUCUUGUCCAGGUCUCCAACCUUAGGGGUGCUUUGUAAAUCUAGCUGCUGAGUAGGAUUAUAGUCCUAAAGUCUUGGUGUCAUAUGAACAGGGUUAUAUACUAAAGUAAGAAUUCCAAGUAAAUUUCAAAUGGAAGGUCAAAACUGGAAUUCCUUUUCAAUCCUGCUGAAGUCUCACUCUGAAAAAUGUCUGAAAAGUAAAUAAAAAAAUACAUGGAGCAUAGUGUCCCUUCAAUAAAGUUGGGGAAAAGAAAGCAUUUUGUAUUUAGGAAGCAUUAACAACACAUCAUAUGGUUCAUUCUUCUGACACUUCAAUCAUGCAAUGUGGAAUAAACAGCCAUCUAAAUAGUUUUAUUUAUAUAUAUAUAUAUAUAUAUAUAUAUAUAUAUAUAUAUAUAUAUAUAUAUAUAUAUAUAUAUAUAUAUAUAUAGUGGUUUUGUUUAAUUUUGUUUUUUUUGGGCUGUUUUUGCAGCACUCGAGGUCCUCUGAAUUUGCUGAAUUCAAGAAAGAGAUUUCACGGUUAACAACUAAAACCGAGAAUUUGUUGAAGGAAAAAGAAACUCUCAAUGAGGAGCUGAAUCGAUGUGUAGAGAAGGUAAAAUGCAAAUACUGUGUUGAUAUUUGCUGGUGAACUUAACUUUAUAUAUCUUGAUCACCUAGCCACAAGGCCUUCCCUUAUAGAGCACAGCUAUAUAUGUUUCCCAGUGAGAGAGGUGGCGGUUUAUUCUCGGAUAGGCGCACCCAUAUAUAGAAAAUAUAGCAUUCAGGUGCAUUACCUCAAGUGUUUCCCUUUCUAAUCUUUUCUGCCACCAGUAAGAUCUUUAUACAUUUGUUCCCAUGAUGUUCAAACUUUCUUGUGUUUAAAUGUGUUCGAGAUUCUGUGUGUCAUCCCUUAACAUAGGUAGGUGGCAUUCAAGGACUCCAGUACCAAGGACAGGGAUGGCGGGGCGAGAGAUUCCUGCGGCAAUGCAUAACUUGGUAGCUUUUAUAAUGAGUAUAGUAAUGGUUUGGGCUAGUCCUGUGAGAGUUUUAGGGAACAUUCCGAAUAGGAACCUUUCAGACUCCAUCGGUAGAUUUAUAUUAGCGACUGGAUAAGGGAAUUCAUUUGCUUCCAGAACCGUCUAAGAUCCUGGCACCUCUACAAGACAUGCGACAUAUAUCCCACAACAGUAUGGCAUCGCCAACACUGCGGCCAUGUCUGGGGAAACAUAUCUGCCAAUCUCUGCGGUACUAGAUACCACCUCACAAGGCAUGUUUCAGUGAGUCCCCCAGUGGUUAAUAUUUGUUGGGCUCACAGUUCAACAUAUAGAGCAGCUUGGGCAGUGUGGGUAUUCGUGCCAGGGAAGAGUAACACGUGGUCAGCAGUUUGGUACAACCCUUUUGUGUCCAGACACAUUUUAUGCAUGGGUCGCGAUCAGUCAGGGUCUUGUAAUGGCAUUUUUUGGGUAAGUAGGAUAUGCUUGACCGUAAUGUCCGUGAAUAUCUCCAUGGGAGGGGAGCUGUGUUUGGAGUUCUGUGAAUUGCUUCAUCCUAGAAUUUCAUAUAAGUUGGUAGACCUGCUUCUGACCUGAAAAUCACAUAUAUCCACAUUUUACCUCUGCACAAUUUAGUUUAAUCUGCUUCUGACCACUGCGUUUGGUGGACAUCUAGUGAGUAGUAGUGGGGCCAGCAUUAGUCUUUGCAUGGGAGCUAUGAGUUGGUCAAUCCAGCUAUGUCAUAUAGUGAAAAAUUAGUGGUUUACAGCCCUUCAAUGCUGGGAUGAGGUAUACGUGGUGGACCCCACAGCUAUUAAUGUAUGGUGAAUGCACUAAGAAUUGAGUCUUCUAAGGGCAGCCACAGUGGUUGUCUCUGAGUGAGGAAGGUAGCAAUUACCUGGGAUAUCACAGUUACUCUAUACUAAACUCUAAUGCCUGGGACUUUCAAACCCAGACCUUUAAUGAGUGUUUGUUUUUUAACUGAUGAAUAUCAAAUUUAUUUUUCUUUUGGAGAAAGUUUCACUUUUGGAUCUGUGUUAGGAGCUAUGCUGGGAAUCUACUGUUAUCUGACCUUAUGCUGCUGAACCUAACUUGCUGCUGCUACAUUCACACCGCACUCACAGCAGCAGGUUAGAUUGUGCAGCUGUUGGUCAGAUGACAGAGUCUAACCCUACAUGCAAUGCUCAGUAAGACAGUAAAAAUAAAAAAAUCUAAAAAACCAAAUGAGAAAAAUGCAUAAGUUAAAAACAAUAACUUUCAUUAAAUAUAAUGAACUUUAAAACAAAGCUGGAAGAAGUAAACAUUUGAUGACUGUUGUCUUUUUAAGGCUGACUGACCAUCAUAAAAUAGUAGUUUAUAUACUGCUCCUUACAAAAACCCUGAAAGAACGUGACAUUGUUGCCUCCAUAUUGGAGAGAGAUUUAUCGAACAGGGUUGUUUCGUAAAUCGCACCAUCUGGAAGUCUUAUUGAAAGACUUUAGCAAUAUCCCGCAAAUUGUAUGCAAAUUGCUACAGUGUUUCGCUGCACAGUAUAAUUGAUUCACAGUUUCUAUCCAAAACAAAUUAAUUCCGUUCCAGCAAACAAGCAAUUUAUUAGUAUAUUUGAAUGUCCUGUAAUUUAGGUUGUUGUACAUACAGACUAAUUAUGAUCUGUGUCAAAUAGUCUGAGCAGUUUUCCAAAUCCCUAUAACACCAGUCGGCUUGUCACUGGUUUUAAGAUAUUAAUCUUCUGUUACCCUUUAAUUGUAUAAUUAUCAUCCUUAGUUUGUCAAUUGUCUAAAACAGAAAUAAAAAUAGAUUAAAAGCAGAAUGGGAAUUCUGUGUAUUGUUUACAGAUACAAAAAUCUAGAUAUUCCCUAAACUCCAAAAUACAGUAAAGUGAAAUGUUAGGAAUGAAUGGCUGAUUUGGAAUAAAAUUCUUUAACUCCACUAUAGUCACAAUUUUCGGAAGGUCCACUUAAUGUGGUGUAUAGAGUGGUGUCAUUAUAGCUGUCCUCUUUUAAAAAACAAACAAUCCCCCCCCUCCACACAUUUUUAUAUUUAUCUGUAAAAUUUUAAGAAAAUUACGCUAUAAAAAAAAAUAAAAAAUUCUGCUUUAACAAUCUGAUAUUAGAUUAAAAAUCAAAAUAAUUGGUUAUCAAAAUAACCUCCAAACCUGAUAUGUUCUCAAACUAGCACUAUAAUAGCUCACAUUUUGGUUAAUGCUAUAACGGUAUCCAUUACUUGUUAAUGUCUAUUUCUAAGAGCUCAGUAACACAUGGCUCAUUAUAUCAAGUCUUUUACUAUUAUUAUUUUAUUUUAUUUUAUUUUAUUUUAUUAAUUAUUUUUAUUUAUUUUUUUGAAUGCCAAAUUUAGAAAUGAUUUAAGUGACCUGUUGUUUCUCUCUAUUGUAUAAUUAACUUCUGCUAACUGUUUAUCCGCAGUGUGCUAAAGUCGGUUUUCUAGAGAACAAGAUUGCAAGUCUGAAGCAGGAACAGAAUUCUCUGGAACAACAAUCUCAGGGGCUGAAAUGCCAGCUCACGGUUUCUCAGGAAAAGGUGAGAUGCUUAUUUGUGUGCAGGUAUACAGGGGUUCAUUGCCAGCAUAGACUCUAGACAACUCUGUAGCAUCAUAUCUCGCAAUUUCUGUUGCCAUCAAAAAGUUUUUUCACAAACUAAACUCAAUGUGACAGUCCAUGCUAAAUUCACUGUAAAAGCCCAUUCUGUGAUUGCAUUUAGAGAUCUGAAAUAUAUUUUAAUUCAGCUAUUUAAAAGAUUAUAGCAGGUGCAUCUCUUGAAAUAUAUGAUGUACAUUAAAUAGCGGAUUUCAAAUUAUGUUAAAUUCAGUGUAUUGUAGAGAACAUUCUAUUUUGUGUCAAAUAAAACGUGCCAGAAUGGGGCACUCAUACUGUAUAAAUGGUCGAAAGCAGAAAUGGAAGUAAUUCAGUUUUACAUUAACAUGUUUACAGGUCCCCCUCUGUCUUUCUGUGCUGUAGUGGUAAUGUGUUUUGUGUGUCUGUCUGUCAAUAUUUGUGUCUAUGAAUGUAUGUCACUGCAGAGUAUGUUGUAGGGAGGCACAAACAGAGACUUUAGAGAAAUUAUGACUUUAACAGUCGUUGGUUAAUUAAACUCUGUGUAAUCUAAACAAAAGCUAUAUGGAGGAGAUUCGAGAAGACCAUAUUGCACAGUCUUACAUAUGGAUCUCCAUAAAAAUAAACGAACCCUGUAGAGUUGAGCAUUUUUUGUUCAUGAAAUAAAGUUUGCUUUUCUAUACAACACAUUGACUGCUCUUCUCUUCCCUUUACAGAUUCAGAGUCUAGAAGAAAGCCUACACACUGUGAACAUCCAGUUGUCACGGAUCAAGUCUGACCUGCGGGUGGCAUGGCAAGAGAAAGAGGCUUUAAAACAAGAAGUCAUGUCCCUACACAAGCAGCUGCAAAAUGCCAAUGCCAAGGUAACAUUGUAACCCAUCCUAGCGAUUCUGUUUGUAAAGUGAAUAAGCAUCUCAGACUCGAUCAACAUUGGCACGGUCUUUCAGGUGACAUUAGUUUAUCAAUGUUUAUUUGCCACAUUCUAGAACCAAGUCCUUGAGAUGGCAAUGCACUCCUCAGGAUUACAAAACAAUCAGAAGAAACUCUACUGGGAUGAUCUAGAACAGUUGAUGGAACAAGAGCAACAGCUUUUAAGACAAGAAAAUGAAAGACUUCAGAGAGAGAUUCAGAAUACAAAGACGGAUCUAAUCCAAUCCAGAGAGAAGGUAGCUUCAUUAAUGGACCUCUUUCAGACUCCUUGAUUAUUUUAUCAGAAUAUUGCAUUGACCUAUUUUUGGCACAAUGUAAAAUUUUAGUCCAAUAUAUCUUUGUUAAUAUUAUUCUAUAGCUGUACAAGAAAUUAGAGUAGCCAAUACAGAAAAAUAAACCAUCUUCAUUAAAAUGUCUUCUUGAUGUAGGUUCGGCAGCUGGAAUCUACAGUACUUUCACUGAAACAGCAAAAGCAGCAGAGCCAGUCCAGCAUGGUGAAAGUUUUGGAGCAGGAAAAAUUAAGCUUAAAACGAGAAUGUGACCAGCUGCAGAAAGAGCUCACCUCUGCAAACAGAAAGGUUGUCACAACGUUAUUUUAAUGGGAUGACCGGUUAAAAUUGCAAAACUAUACUGACAUCAAAAAAAAAAAAAAAAAAUCUGUUCUGUUGAUUGUGUUUAUUUGGUUAUCGUACACUUUAAGGCAUGUUACAGAAAUUUAGUAACUACAUUUUUCACUGUUCUUUUUUUUUUUUUUUCAGAUAAGCCAGUUAGCCUCAGUUGGUCGGGAAACGGACACAAUUAUGAUGGAAAAUGAAGGUUUUAGAUCGAACGUAGGGAAAUUCGAUGAACAUCGUUUUGAGGUUAGUGUCUAAGUGCUGUUCAUUCUGAUUCGUUCAAUCCAAUACCCUGGGAGAAACAGUUUUUCUGUGUUGUUGCAAUUCCAGAAUUUUACCCUUUAUUUUCAUAAAUUGUAACAUUUUUUCAUUGCACAUAAAAAAUAAAAUAAUAUAUAUAAUUGCUAGAUGUGUGUGGCAGAAGACUAUGGAAGAUCAUAAAAACACUGUGAGCAGACAAAAAAUGUUACAGCUUUUCCUACAGUUAGUCCCUGCUUAUAUCUCAGGCAAGAGAUGAUAAAACAAAGAGUUAACCUCUUUAAACUAAAUACAACUUGAUACAUAUUUUGUUAAAAGUAAACCAUGAGUCUAGUUCCAAUGAGAUCAUCCAAUGGCAACGGUUUCUUACCAAAUAUCACUAGGCUUUAAAAAUAAACAAGUAUUUACAUUCCUCCCGGGGAAUGCAGAACAUAGGACAAGAAGCGGAUUACUCACAAUAGCACCAUGACUCACCCUUGGGGACUGUCGUAGUGUUUCCACCAUAUUGGCUCGCCUCUCGGGAACAGAUUGAUUAAUCUACUCUAAUAUACUAAUUUAUAUGUUACAUUUUUUUUCUCUUUUCUCUUCUGUGUCUUUUGCAAAAAAAACAAACAAACUAUACCUUUUAACCUCUAACCAGUUGACCCCUGUUUCCCUCCUGCGUCUAUUGUGUCUCUAGACCUCAGGGACGGGAAUGGUCAGAGAUGGGUCCAGUUCUCAUUCUGAGAUAGAUGGUAAAGGUAGACUAAUACUUCGAUCUAUUCAAUGCAUGCCAGUAAAACAUUUCCUUCAUUGUGUCCACUAUCGCCCAGGAAUGAUUUGUAAAACUUCCAUCUGUUUGCAUGCUACGAAUUCAAUUUAUCGCCCCCUGACGAUAAAAUUUGUGUUAUUUAUUAAUGCUAGUUUGGCAGCUAGAGCCUAUGGCAUUUCACUUUUAGCAUUUUGCUAUUUUGGGGGUGUUUUAUAGUACUUAGCUUUGUUGUAUUUUUUAAAAUAUAUAUAUAUUUUGUGAUACUUACAAAAUGUUAACAUAAAUCUUCACAUUGUGAAAAUAAAGUGAGUCAGCAAGAUGUUUCAGUGCUUUUUUUUUUUUUAUAUAAGCUAGCGUGCUUUAACAUGUGUUAAGCAUUCUACUGAGCCAAUAAGAGUCUUUGUACUUCUACAUUCUCAUUGGUUGCGAUCCAUGUUGUAAUGUACGCUUCACAGCAGCCAUAUUAGUUCUAUUCUAUUGUAAAAUGUACAGUAACAAAAUACAUUUAGAUACAUUUUCUAUUUCUAUUUUGUUUGUUCUUUUUAGCAUGUUUAAUUUCUGUACUUCUAAAUUGUUCUUUUUUCCCAUCAUGCAUUGAUUGUGUCGUGAGUGAAAUAUCUAUAUCUGUCUAUUGCCCUCACGGUGUCUUUGCCAUACGUUCAUUCUUCCCAAUCUCUCUGCCAGAGGUGGCACAUUCGUAAACCUGUAGUAGAGACUAUAAACCUACUGUGGCCAUAAAGUUCUUUUUUGAGAUAAAGUUAAUUUCUGACACUAAAUACGCCCUUAUUAUAUUUCUGAAGAUGCUUUAAGUUAUAGUUUUUGAAUACAUGGUUCUAUUCAUGCAGGCCCUGCACUCCGCUUCCAGUGUAGCACUUAGUCACCCACCACUCCAGCAGCAAGCCAGUGUCACCGUGCCGGUGGAUCAAUACCUACAAUGCCAGCCACAACUACAGCAGGCAGACCGGAGAAACCAGCAACUUCAUGCAACGAGUCGGAGCUCCGAAACCAACAGUCCACAGGUCAGUGUGGUGUGCCGACAACCGUAUGAUUCAUUUCCAAUUUUCAUCCUUUUACAACUUUUUUUUGCAGAUUUUAGGCUCUUUCACUACACUUGGCUUUCUAAACGAAAGUCACUAUUCUGGUUCACUGUAAUUUUCUUGCAUCCAAAUGGACCUGUUGUAUAAUCAGAGCUUGAUUGACCUAUUUGUCUUCAGCACCCUUGUUUAAGGCAUACCAUAUGGCACGUAGGUCUGGCUAAAUAGCAUACUUUACAGUUUAUAUCAUUUAACCAGUCCUACCUGUGGAGAUGCCUCCUAUAACUUUUUUUUUUUUUUCCUGUGAGGGGGGAGAAGGGUGUGUUCUAGACUUCAGCAUAUUCAGCAUACCUAUGCAGAAAACACCAUUUAGAAGCAUUUCUAACAGAAGUAGGCAGCAUGACCUCUGCAGUGUUGUGGCACAGGGAAUGGGAAUCUGGUCCUAUGCGUUCAACAGUGCAGGAUCCCCAAGAAUCUAUUCUACAGGGCGCGUCUCGAAUUUCUGCACAGGUAUUCUCCUUGAGCUGCUCAAGUGCAGCUGCUUCCAAGAGGACACCUCAGGGGCUACUUUACGUACACCUGCCACUUAGAUGUCCUCACAGGAAGUAAUUGAGAGCCGAAAGGUCGGACGAAAUUGCCGGCCAAUUAAUCUGGGAAUUUCUUGACAUUAUUCGUUUGCUGAACAGUUGUCUCAGUUUCGAAACUAAAAUUGCACCAUUUAUACUCGUUCCUUGAUGAAUCACCCAAGACUAUAGUAUGUACCUGCAAUAAAAAUAAUUAACUACUAACAAGUUAUUUAUCUGUCAAAACAUACUCUGAAUUUUGGCCCACCCUGUAGAAGUCUUUUCUCUAUCUCCAAUGCUUCCUUUUGACCAAUGGUCUCCUAGAAGAAACCUUUGCAUGAAGUUCCAUUCUUUUUAGCUUGUGCAAUUUAUUGGAUCAUUAAUGGUAGAUUUGCUAUUUUUAUUGUUUGCUUCUUAAUUUAAUUUUCUUAAAGGAGCCAUGAUUAUGAUGACACAAUUUUGUAAUCAAAAAGGAUUUCGUAGGUGAACAUCUUUGUCAUGCAGGCGAAAUUACUAAAAAAACAAACAAACAAAAAAACGCACUCUAGAAAAGAUUUCAGCUUACACAACACCUCGAGAGAUUUGUGCUAUGUAUGGAUUUUCCUUUAACCUGUAUCUGAAGCAGACUUUCCCAUCUGCUAUACAGACCUCACCAUUAACUUUUAAAAUGUGACACACGUACGGUACAGGCAUAUUAAAGGUCAAUCCCAACAUGUCCCUAUACUUUAUCUGAAAAUGUGUGAUCGACCAUAUGCUUUUGUAAAUCUUUCGAUUAUAGACUAUACGUUGCCUUGAAAGAUUGGUAAGGCCAAUAUAAUUGUAAUACCAUUUUGUUUAUUUCUUUCAUCUUCAUCAAGAGACCUUUUUCAGAUAAAUAUGGAGGUUUUUACUCCACAAUUCACUCAUCUCCUUUCAUACUUUUUGGAACAUUUUGCAAUUUCCUAUAUUUGGUUUAGUUCAAUAUUACCUGCAUCUAAUGAGCCAAUUUAAUUGGUUUGCAUGUGCUCCAGUGCACUAAUUAAGCUUUUUGUGCAUUUGUUUGGCUUUUGUACACUAAUUAGGAUUCCUGUAAAUUAAUACUCCAGCUAACAGCUCUAGCAAUAAUUUCUGUAAAAAUUCUCACAGCACGAUGCUCUUUGUCAAAAUGUCUGUCGUUGUACUGUCCCUGUGUACCCUUUUCUGUAUUUGUGAAAUGUAAAAUGUUAAUUUUAAUUGGGUUUUCAUAUAGGGAGAUGUCACUAAAUAAAAAAAUGGACUUAAUUGGUGGGGGGGGGGGGAGAGAAAUGAUGUGUUAACUUUGUGUAAAAUACUGGAGUCAACAAAUUUAAUAUAUAGUAUAUUUACAUGAAAACUGUCACUUCCCAGCCUUUUUAAUAUUAUGUUUACUUAUUCCUAUUUUAACAAUUAUCUGUUUGAUAUGAAAACUAAAAUUAAAUGUAGAAAUUCCCAACUCUUUAUCCUACAACUGAGCGCCUCCAUCUUAGCUCCCUGUCAGUCAUUGUUAUAAGCUCCGCCCUUUACACCUGGCAGUCAGUAUAGAGAGAGCCACCUUCAUCUUAGCUCCCUGUCAAUCAUUGUUAUAAGCUCCGCCCUUUACACCUGGCAGUCAGUAUAGAGAGCCACCUCCAUCUUAGCUCCCUGUCAAUCAUUGUUAUAAGCUCCGCCCUUUACACCUGGCAGUCAGUAUAGAGAGAGCCGCCUCCAUCUUAGCUCCCUGUCAAUCAUUGUUAUAAGCUCCGCCCUUUACACCUGGCAGUCAGUAUAGAGAGAGCCGCCUCCAUCUUAGCUCCCUGUCAAUCAUUGUUAUAAGCUCCGCCCUUUACACCUGGCAGUCAGUAUAGAGAGAGCCGCCUCCAUCUUAGCUCCCUGUCAAUCAUUGUUAUAAGCUCCGCCCUUUACACCUGGCAGUCAGUAUAGAGAGAGCCACCUCCAUCUUAGCUCCCUGUCAAUCAUUGUUAUAAGCUCUGCCCUUUACACCUGGCAGUCAGUAUAGAGAGAGCCACCUCCAUCUUAGCUCCCUGUCAAUCAUUGUUAUAAGCUCCGCCCUUUACACCUGGCAGUCAGUAUAGAGAGAGCCGCCUCCAUCUUAGCUCCUGUCAAUCAUUGUUAUAAGCUCCGCCCUUUACACCUGGCAGUCAGUAUAGAGAGAGCCGCCUCCAUCUUAGCUCCCUGUCAAUCAUUGUUAUAAGCUCCGCCCUUUACACCUGGCAGUCAGUAUAGAGAGAGCCGCCUCCAUCUUAGCUCCCUGUCAAUCAUUGUUAUAAGCUCCGCCCAUUACACCUGGCAGUCAGUAUAGAGAGAGCCACCUCCAUCUUAGCUCUCUGUCAAUCAUUGUUAUAAGCUCCGCCCUUUACACCUGGCAGUCAGUAUAGAGAGAGCCGCCUCCAUCUUAGCUCCCUGUCAGUCAUUGUUAUAAGCUCCGCCCUUUACACCUGGCAGUCAGUAUAGAGAAAGCCACCUCCAUCUUGGCUCCCUGUCAGUCAUUGCUAUAAGCUCCGCCCUUUACACCUGGCAGUCAGUAUAGAGAGAGCCGCCUCCAUCUUAGCUCCCUGUCAAUCAUUGUUAUAAGCUCCGCCCUUUACACCUGGCAGUCAGUAUAGAGAGAGCCGCCUCCAUCUUAGCUCCCUGUCAAUCAUUGUUAUAAGCUCCGCCCUUUACACCUGGCAGUCAGUAUAGAGAGAGCCGCCUCCAUCUUAGCUCCCUGUCAAUCAUUGUUAUAAGCUCCGCCCAUUACACCUGGCAGUCAGUAUAGAGAGAGCCACCUCCAUCUUAGCUCCCUGUCAAUCAUUGUUAUAAGCUCCUCCCUUUACACCUGGCAGUCAGAGUAGAUCUAGCAUACAGAGAAGAGGAGAAAUUAAACAAUGUUUUUAUUUAUUUUUCUCAUUAGCAAUGUGUUCCCUGGCUGUGCCUUAUCUGAACCAGAUUAUGUAAUUUGCUAAAUAUUAAUAUACAUGUUAAAGGGGAAAAACAGUUUCUCUCUCAUAAAAAAGCUAAAACAAGCUAUAGGUGAUGUUUUAUUAUGGGUAUAAAUUUUAGAUUAGUUCCAGUUCCCCUUUAACAAACUGAACCUAAACCUCUUCCUAACUGGGUGCUUAUUUGGUUAAAUAAAAAAAUAACAAACCUUCAUUUCUGACCAAAGUAACGCUGAAAUACUAAAGUUAACACAACAUUCUAUACAUUUUUACUGGGCCUUUUUUGCGGGUCCUUUUACAAAACCAAAAAAAAUAAAUCACCAUAAUUCUUCUAAAUGGCAAGUCAUUGACUUUUUUUCUUUGGCUCAACCGUAAAGUUAAAUUGCUCCCUAAUUUUUCCUUUUUUUUUUUUUAUUAAUGUGAGAUCUGUAGUUACGUUAUAUCUUUGCAUGUUCUAGCAUGUCUGUCUGUUUUACGCAAGUUGCAAGUAGUGUAAUACUUAGUGUGAAUGCUUCCAAUUGCAUUUUUUUCAUAGGGCUUGCUUCCGGAGCAGCGAACACUGCAUGCAGACUCCUAUCGACGGAUUGGUCGCCUCUGAAAUGUGACUCGUAAUGAGAACCCUUAACUAACCUCCUCUAACAAACUCUGCUGGCAUAACAUGAGCACUCUAGAAGUCUGGAGCACAUUUGCUUUGCUUUUUUAACCUUUAACUGUGCAGUAUUACUUCCAUUGUAAUUAUCGGUGUAGAAAUAUUUCCUGUAAAAUACCUUAUUUAAAAAAACAAAAAUCCACAAAUCUCUUUUGUUUGUAUUUAUGCUAUUUAUUAGAAAGCAAUUCAUUCCUUACCUUCCCCCUUGAAAAUAUUUUUUUUUCUUUUGUAACUGUGUACUUUUGUUUUUUUUAAGAAAAUCGUGUUUUAUACAAUGCUAUUAAAAUUUUGUUUAUGAUCUAUUUAUACAGGAUUUUGUCUAUGAUUGUAACAUAAUUUUGAACAGAAUUUGAUUGGGCCAGAAAAUAAAAUUCUUUUAAUUAUAUCAUAUUUUGUGCCUUUUUUAUCCAAGUUGCUUUUGGAGAAUCUUUUAAUGAUAGAUAUAUGAAAAAAAAAUUAUAUACAUAUUUUUUUCUUCUUUUUACACAUUACUUCUGUAUUUUCAGUAGUUGGCCAUGAAGAAAAUAAAAAUAUAGAGGUUUUUUUUUUUUUUUAGUGACAAUGUGUAGACACCAUUGAUUUCACUAGGUGGCAGUACUACUAAACUAAAGACUUUUUUUUAUUUUAUUUUUUUAUUUUAAAGAUUCAUAUUAUGCUAGAAUUUAAUUAUAAACUUUAAUUUAGAACUAUGUAUCGCCAGUAAAAAUGCAUAUUUACUUAUAGAACAAGUAGCAACUUUGCAAGUACCAGGACUGACUCCAUCACAAUCAAAAAGUCUAGUUUUUACUGAGGCUCUACAGAUGAUUGGUAACGUUACUAAAAGGAUUUCUAAUAUUGAUCGCUAAAACCAAUCUGUGAGCAUUCCUUUGACAGAUUGAAACAUAAUCUAAGCAAAAUAAUUAAUACUGCAAAUUAAAAUAAUUUUGAUGUUUCACUUGUUCAGGAAUUGGAAUAUGCUGGCAUAACAACUAAACGUUUCAUUUUAAGAAAGGGAAAAUAACAUUUAACCCAUUUUCAAGUCAAGGAAAAUGCUGCAAAAUGUCGUAACCACACGACUUGCUACUAGUGAGCUACAUGCAAUUUCCUAAGUACAAAUCACAAACGUUUGAUGGCUAUAUUUCUCGUAAUGAUGUAAAAUCCAAGAUAAAUUGGAUCAUAAAAAGAUCCACCAUGGUGUGCUCGCAAUGUCAUUACUCUGACUAUUUAUGUAAAAAGCUGAAGAUUUCUACUGAAAUGAAACCGAAUUAUUAUAGAAGACGCUAAACAUUAUCUAAAGGUAAUUAUGCCUAAACCUAUGCUUUCUAGUGCUUUCAAGAUUGGUAAUAUUGUGUCGUACCUGGAUUUGGAGUGAAUAUUCUAAAUACAAUUUUCCUUUUCUGUCUGGAUAGGUGACCUAGGUAAAAGUAAAUAAACAAUUUGAGGGGGUCAGAAUGAUUGGAAAAUCCCUAAACACUAUGGAUUUUGGACUAUUGAUGGUGGCAUGUAAUUAAUAUAGUUGGCGUGUUUUAAAAGGAAGGCGACUACAAUAAAACAACAUUGUUAGUUUUUGUAUUUCCAGAGACUGACUGCAAAAUUAAAACAUAGAGGACCGGUAAAAGGUGUUGUUUUUUUUUUGUUUUUUUUUUUGCUAGAAAAGAGGGGUUUUCAAAGGAAGAUAAAAAGAAAUGUAUACAUAACAGCAUGUUCUACGUUUAUCAUGCUGUAUCAUACAGCUCAGAUCAGUUUGUUUUCGUCUUGGACUGGAAUAAUCUUUUAUACAUGGGAUUUGGGGCACAGUAUUUAGUUUCUUUUCUACCCGUCGAGCCACUGACCAUUUUCAAAAACUAGUAACAUUUACUCACAGCAGAUAGCUGUUUAGAGAACAGACUCCAACGUUCUCUUAUUCUAGUGUUUGCCUUGCCCCUCUCGCUAUAACACAAUUCUGCAUGUCUUCUAUAGAGUGAUCAGGAACAGCUACUGCGCAGAAUGGAGACGCGCAUGACAGAAGUUGAACAAAAACUCAGAAUUGUGAAGAUGCUCCUGCAGGAGAAGGUGAACCAACUGAAAGAACAGGUAAUGAGCUCUGCUAGGUGACAGAAACCUGGUAACUGAAGUGAUAGCAGAUCCCACUGCAUGGGAGAAAUAUAGAAAAAAAUGUAUAUUUUAUUACGAUCACAGAUAUAACACAAACUAAAAUGUAAUGAAUAAUCACUUAAUAUUUAUCACAACACAAAUGUCCUCUGUGUUUUUCAAAAGAUAAAACAGUAGUCUGGUUAUCCUUUAUACAAUUAUUAUAUCUAAACAAAAAUGUAUAAUGCCACAGUAUGGGCCACUUAAAAGCUAAAAAUGGAAUUCUAAACACCAAAACCACUACAGCUCAGUGUACUCACUAUGAUGAAAUGAGGCCAAGGUGUCUGUCCACAGGAUAUUUUGGCAAACCAAUUUAAAGAAACCAGUGGUUUUCCCCAGCAGAUAUGGCCCGCUCCUCUUCAGCUGUAUUGAUUAUGCAGUGCCCUACUCACAGGACUCCCAGCCAAUAAAUGCCAUCAUUACGGAUAACGGCAACAUGAAAGGGUCCGUUAUGCAUUAGUACGUCAGGUUUGGAAGGUGCAAACUCUGGGUGCUGGGAAAAGCCCUGAAUUUUGGCCAAUUUUCCCCAAACAAUAUGACAACAUAAAGUGUAACAGCGCCUUUUUAAACCAUAAUCCCUACCGAGAGCUGUAAUAACAAUGAACUGUAGUGGCUAUGGUGCUUAUACUGCCUUUAAAACACAUGCAACACCACAUAGAGAAACUUUUGGGGUGCCCUAGCCUUUCACUGAGAUGCCUUGAUUGAGGGUAUUUAAGUGAUCUCUAAACGGUGCCAAAUCAGGUUAUAUAAUGGUCUAUGAAAUCUUAUCUAACAUUAAUUAUCUACAUUAGAUUUGUCACUGACUUUAUAAAUAAAAUCUGUCAGAUGGAAAUGAACUAUUUUAUAAAAUGAACACGUAUUUUUACUUUUAAAUUCAGAGUGGAACAGAAAGAAAUGUAUUGUAUAUCAAUAUAUUGUGACUUUGUUACUGUUAAAUGACAUUUUAGAAACCUUUUCUACAAAGGUUACAUUGGAAAGGUUGUACAAAUGUGUUAUUGUGACAAUAUUGUAUUUUCGAUGGCACGAGGUGACCUGAUUUGGCUAAUAAACAGUUUGACUUAUUGGUUUGUGAGAUCCUACAAAUCCGACAGACUCUGUGACAUUGUAUUUCAGAGAUGCUGUCAUGAUACAGCUAUUAUUAUUUUUUUUUUGUUGAUUUUUAAUGUCCUUCUUUAAUGAAACUGCUCCUUUUCCAGGUUGCCAGAAACAUGAAGACUGAUGCCAAGUUGAAGGAUUUAUAUGUGGAUAAUUCCCAGCUGCUUAGGGCUUUGGCCAUGAGUGAAGAGCGACACCAGACUGCUGCCAAAAAGAACUAUUUGUUAGAAGAAAAGAUUUCAGGACUCAAUAAAAUAGUGAGGGACUUGGCUCCAUCUGCUCUCACUUCGGGAAACAGUCCAAGGAGAUUCUCUCAACUAAAAUAUGAAGACAAAUCUCAAAGUCCGAGCACUCCUACAAGGAAACAUGCACUGACACCAAAUCUCUCUCCAACUCCAUCUUUCCAUGAUCCAAAAAGGAGAUCCCAGAGCUAAGCUAGUUUUUUUUUUUUUAAUUCACCUCGUAACUGCCACUGAGCCCUGAAAGACAUCAAUGUGAAAAUCUGCCAAACAUGUUAUUUUCACUAAUGUGACAUGUUAUUUUUAGUGUUCAUUGUAUCUCUUUCUGCUCUCAGGAAAGAUCAGCCAGAUUUUACAUUGCAAUCUAUGCAAGUUAAGGGGUUUUGUGAUGAUCUACUUGUCAACUUAUACGAGGUUGAGAAGUCAUGUCGACAAAUUAGACUUUACUCCAAAUCCAGGGUUAAAUCAGUGUUUCUCAAUGUCACGUCAGGUUUUGCUAUACCCCCAUUAUAACAGAAAUUCGUAAUCCCUAAAUCCUGAUCGAUUGUGGUUUUGAGAACCAAAUUGAUUCUGGGUGAGUAGGAUUUAGUCUUGGCAUGUAGCGAAUGGAUGGGAUAUGCACAAAAUUGAGAAACUGGUGGUCUUACACCAUGUUGCUCCACUAAGAGAACCAAACACUGCCCGGGCAUGUCGUAAUAUUGAAAAUAGUUAUUUGCAUAUUUAUUAAACUCAGAUCUCUGUAUUAAUGUUAACACUGCCAGACUGAUCUCCCACUGCCAUCUGAUAUACAAUGAUCUAUGGUGCAUUCCCUUCAAUGUGAUCAUUCCUCUCAUUCAAAUAUGGAAAUCUGCCAUUAUUGUCUCCAUAUUUAUCGCUCUUUCGCUAUCGUGUUCCCCCGUCAACUUCCGAAAUCAGGUCGUUAAUCCCUAGCUGAUCUGGUACAGUGCAGUUAGUCAUUUGGCAGGUAGGUUACAGCUAUUGACCGUUGCAAGCUACAGCAGUAGACUGGGUGAAGAGCAAGUGGUGAAGCCAAGAGCCAGUAAGUAGAUGUUGGUGAUUAAUAUGUAUCAAUCCCUUAAAGCUGGAGUAGGCAACCUUCGACACUCCCGAUGUUGGGGACUAUCUAGUCAAUAAGGUUCGGACUGCCAUAAAGCUGGAAAAGCAUCAGGGGAGAUGUAGUCCACAACAUCUGGAGUACUGAAGGUUCCUUACCUCUGCCAUAAUGGGUUCUGUGUCCUCUGCUCUCCAUCUAAAAACUCUGUUGACAGAUUGAUUGCAAUGGGCUGAACUCCAGGUUGUAAAACCUAGAACUUGAAUAUAUACAUUUAUUUUCCAUUUUCUAAUUUAUUGAAAAAGUCCAGUGGCUGUGUAAGGGGAGAUACCAAGCACUGCCAUAAAAGAGCUUUAGUACGGGGUUUAUUUAAAAUGCUGAAUAAUUGUCACUGUCUUUACUAUUACAGUUUCUUCACUGCCAGUUCAUAAUGAAGUUAAAAUGUAUGAAAUGCAAGGAAAAUCGUACUAGUUUUGCUAUUUUAAUUUUUUUAUAUAUAUAAAUAUUUCAGCGAAGUGCAUUGAGUCAAUAAUAUGUAUUGAUAACUUAUAAUAGUGCCUGUACACGACUGAAAAUUAUUAAUUGACCAAAAUUACCAAUGGAAAAAACAUUUUCUAAAAGAAAUGGAUGCUCAAAUCUGUGUGUGUAUUUUUGUCUCGCUGUCUUUCAUUCUUUGUGUCACUCUCCUCUUUUACAUAUAUUUGCCAUUUAGUUUAUUUUAAUAUAUUUUUAAAGUAAUGGGAAUUUAUGGCUACUAUAUCAUUUUUCUUUAAUCAAAUCCAAUGCCAUGACACAGAAGAGAUCUGUGCUUCCAAAGAAC